CUUGACACUUGUGUGCGCUCUCUGUUUAUUUUCCCCUUGUAUCGACCAAAUCUAACGUUUUAAUUUCAAUUUACUCUCUUUCCUCCUUUGACGAAUCGCAUUUGGAUGUUAUCUCCAUCUGGGUUUGCGUUUAAAAAACGAAUCCGAGGAUAUAUUUAUGUUUUUCGCGUUUUGGCGAUUGAAGGAAUGGAUGCGCAUGCAGCUCCGCAGAGAGAGCGCUCGUCCGCAACAGGAAGCUAGCCAUGCCUCUCUAGGCCUCCACCCCCUGCUGGGCACCUAAAACCACCUAAAACUGCUCUCAGCCUGCAGGUAUCAUCAUCUGGCAGAUUGAGGACUCUCAAAGAUCGGAAGCAAAAUGGGGGAAAGACGAGCCAGGUCCUUCCACAUGACGUGCCACCUGCAGCGGGACUACGGCAGCAGGCUGGUGGGGCCCUUCACGCGGUGUGGCCCCAACGGCUACGCCAGCACCAGCCUCAGCCUGGACCAGGAGAUGGAUGCUGACCCUUCUUCAUCUAGUGUGGCCCUAGGGGCCCUGGCGCCUAUCAGAGGCCACUAUUCUCCUGUUUCACUGGAACUGGACCCGGCGGCAGUGAAUAAUGGAUCAGGCAUCCUCACGGAGAAGGACCCGGCGCUGCAGAUCUUGCCCGGUCAGCCGUCCGUCGCCCAGGCCGCGCCGCCUCUGCCGCGUUCGAGCUGGCUGCAUCACCAUCAAAAGGAGUUCCAGCGGCCGUACGUCAAGACGAGCAUGCAGGGCGAUGUAUACAACUUCCUCGAGAGACCUUCUGGACUGAAAUGCUUCCUCUACCACUUCCUUGUCUUCCUCAUGGUCCUGGUGUGUCUCAUCUUCAGUGUCCUGUCCACCAUCGAGCAAUAUGCAGACUUCGCCGCCGGAUCGCUUUUCUGGAUGGAAAUUGUGCUGGUGCUGUUCUUUGGAACGGAGUACGUGGUGCGGCUGUGGUCUGCCGGCUGUCGCAGCAAAUACGCCGGCAUCAAAGGACGCCUUCGCUUCAUCAGGAAGCCCAUAUCAAUCAUAGAUUUGAUUGUGGUCAUCGCCUCCAUCAUUGUGCUCGCUGUGGGCUCCAAUGGGCAAGUCUUUGCCACGUCUGCCAUCAGGGGCAUUCGCUUCCUGCAAAUCCUGCGUAUGCUACAUGUGGAUAGGCAGGGGGGAACGUGGAGGCUGCUGGGAUCUGUGGUCUUCAUUCAUCGACAGGAGCUGAUCACCACAUUAUACAUCGGCUUCCUGGGCCUCAUCUUCUCAUCCUACUUUGUCUACUUGGCUGAGAAGGAUGCCGUAGAUGAGGAGGGCAAGACAGGGUUCUCCAGCUAUGCCGAUGCCCUGUGGUGGGGCGUGGUGACAGUGACCACCAUCGGCUACGGUGACAAGAUCCCUCAAACGUGGAUCGGCAAGGCCAUCGCCUCCUGCUUCAGCGUCUUUGCCAUCUCCUUCUUUGCUCUGCCGGCUGGAAUCCUGGGUUCAGGGUUUGCCCUGAAGGUCCAACAGAAGCAGAGACAGAAACACUUCAAUCGACAAAUCCCUGCAGCGGCCUCGCUUAUACAGACGCUUUGGCGGUGCUAUGCGGCAGAGAAACCCAACGGCUGCGCGGCGACGUGGAAGAUGUACGUGCUAACCCCUGACGCCGUCACUGCAGUGGAACCGGACAACUCCAGUCCCAACAUCAGGAAGCUCAACAUAUCGAAAAAGGGCCCAAAAAGGAGGCUGAAGUCGUCGCGAGGUAACGGCUCCAUCGGCGUGUCCUCAGAGAGGGCCGUGUCCAUCCCUCAGAUCACCUACGACCACAUCGACGACUCUGCGGAGAAGAAAGAUGUCUCCUUCUUCAUGGAGGAGCCCAGUGGCAGCGUGGAAGGCAUCACCAGGAUGUUCAAACAAACCGGUCCCUGUCAUCAUUCUUGGUCUUCUUUCACUCUGAGCUGCCCUUCCUCUCCAGUGAGGAGGAGCCACGGCAACAGAAUGUCCAUCGACAUCACCCGCGCUAGCAGCCUAACCGAUGAGCUGGACUGCAUGUGUGAGGACAUCCCCCUGUCCGUGGUGACGGACAACACUCAUCUUUUGACCUGCCCCUUCGUGGCAUCGGUCCAGGACUCUUUCUCCACACACCACUUGAAUUCCACAAGGUUGUCUCACGCCCAGAGGUCGGCAGUGAAAGUCCUGCGUAGAAUGCAGUACUUUGUGGCCCGCAAGAAGUUUCAGCAAGCGCGUAAGCCCUACGAUGUUCGGGACGUGAUCGAGCAGUACUCGCAAGGCCAUCUCAACAUGAUGGUGCGCAUCAAGGAGCUGCAGAGAAGGCUGGACGGCACACUGGGAAAGCCUGGAAUGUUCCUCCCAGGUAAGGGGGAAGAUAAGGAAUUCCCGACGAUCGGAGCGCGACUGAUCCGUCUUGAAGAUAAGGUCGGGUCGUGAGGGCAGCAGUCUAAGCAGGCAAGCCCAGGGAAGCCCCUCUCCCUGGAUAUUUUGUCCAGCUCCUCCCGGUGGACCCCAAGGCGUUCCCAGGUCAGUGGAGAGACACAGACUCUCGAAUGUGUCCUGGGUCUUCCCCAAGGACUCCUUCUGGUCGGACGUGCUCUAAACACCUUCCCAGGGAGGCGUCCGGGAGGCAUCCUGACCAGAUGCUCGAGCCACCUCAUCUGGCUCCUCUCAGUGGGAAGGAGCAGCGGUUCUCGUCUGAGUUUCUCCGGGAUGACAGUUGAAAAUUGGUCUAAAAUUUUCAGGAAGCUGUUAGAUUUGUUGUGCACUUUCCUGAAAUGGCUUUCUUCUUGCUGAUGAUAGGCUCACAGCCUUCUCGUCGGUGUGUUCCGUCUCUUUCGCACUGCAGUCGUUUGUCAUGAACCAGAUAUUGUUUUCAAUAAAAUUCCAUCUGUGUGGACGGAUGUUUUUUUUACCUUGGACUGUCAAAAAGAUAUUUUUAAUAAUAUGUGUAAAGGAGAUUAAGGAAAUGCUAACAGCAUUUACUUUUUUUCCUCCUAUAACUGUACCAAAAAGCAACACAAGCACAGGUCACAAGGACUUCUUUGCAAAUAGAUAAACGAGGCGAACAGUCCUCAGACUCACCGAUACUACGUAGACUGAGUCAUACACAGCAUCACUGGUGUUUUUUGUGGUUGUUAAAAACACGCAGAGAGAGGGACACAGAUAAGACGAGAGACAGCCGGGUGAUCUCGACACCGCACGUCUCGUCCGUGACUCACCGCCAGUGUCUGCGCUUCAGUCGGGCCUGAUAAGCUGAGCCGAUAAACAACCGCAGUAGUAAUAGUAGUGGGAGGAGGAGGAGGAGACAAGGAAGGGCACCCUGACUGAUCUCCUCGUUCACACCAGGAGGAGUCCCGUUGAGGAGACCAGAAAGGACAGGACAGGCUGGAGUCUGAGAGAUAACUUGUAGAUAAGAUAGACUGCUGUGUUUCAUGCUCUCACACAGAGAUGUCUGUUGUGACAGGUCACAGGGGAAAGUCUUAACAGAACUUGCCUGAAAUGCUCUGGAACAGACGUUUUUGACCCUGACGUGCUUUGCCAAACUCCUCCUCGGGAAUUUACCCAAAUUGGAAUCACGGAUACUCGAUAGAUGGAUAGCGGAGUCUUUGAUGAGUUGCCGUGCAACACAAACACUCUAAUGACGCGGCCGUCUAGAAACUGUUCCAUAUACAGUCUUACUAUACCGGCACUUUCCUCACAUUUUCAGGAGACUUUACAUUCUCCAAAACUCAUUCAUUUUUGCCAACUCAUGUACCCUGGUGGAAAAUAGACUCUGUAGUGACCCAGGAAAAAUCACCAUGUUCACCAAUCAACAGCAAAAUGGUGGAUACCGGUAUGCAUAUCAAGACUGGAUGCGAGGAUGUAUGAAAAAGUCAUCUGAAAAAAAGGCAUACAUUUUGGCGUGAAACCAAAUCAAAUCCAGGGUUGGUUUUUUUUGACAAACUCCUCCUUGGGAAUUUGGACAAAGGAGCCCAAAUUGGAAUCAGAGAUGUUCGAAAGAUUACUGAUAAUUCAUUGCAAAGGAUUUUAGCCUCCGCCAUAGGACAGGGGUCGGAAACCUUUACUAUCAAAAGAGCCAUUUUGCCUCCUCUUCCAGUAAAGGAAAAUAGUUUGGAGCUUUUAAAAAAAUGUACCUGUUACAACAACAGAAUUCAACAAACAGACGGGCAGAACGCACGUGUAGGCCUACUUUGAAAUCAUGGGAAAAAAAGAACUGUGUUGGCCUUUUUGAGACGUUCCAAGACGUACUUUAACAUAAAAAGCCCACCAGAUUUGGCAUAUCUGCAUAUAAGCUCAAUAUUGUUUACACCGCUUGACACAUCACAGGCAAUUCAAUAUGUUUGUGCUGAAUUCAUGUCAUCGAUUUGCCUACCGGUGAUGUUUGUUGCCAUUCUUUUGGUCCUGUUCUUGACUUGACUUGUCUUUGUGGAGAGAGACAUUUCUUUCAUUUUUGGAAUAAUUUCCUGUUUAUUUUUUUAAUUCGGAAAAUAGAUGCUCUGACAUUUUUAUGAACGAUACCUUCAUGUUUUCUCCAUCUGUGAACGGCUUCCCCAUCCUUACGAUCUCCAGUGCAGUGUCAAAGCUAGCAGCUCUACAGUAGUGGAGUUUGCAGCCUUCAUCCACUUCUUAUAAGUACGUUUGUUCCGCUCAAACAUACAGUAGUUCCAAAAUCGCUGCCUUUCGCCCAUCUGCAGUUGGGUACUUUUUGGAAAAAGCUGAGUGCUUGUUUUGAAAAUGUCUUUCAACAUUACAUUUGAAAGGAAGGCUGCUACGGUGUAUUCGGGCCACAUUGAGGGAAAAAAAAAAAAUCAGAGAUUUUGAGAAUAAAGUCGUAAAUUUAGGAGAAAAAAAGGACUAAAUUUAUAGGAAAAAAAGUCGUGAUAUUACCUUUGCCCAAGGCCAAAGGUCACAUAAGUCCCCCCUUUUCAUAGCUGUCUCAGUCAAUGCUUGUUACGACUAAGUAUUCAAAUACAGUCAAACCUGUCUUUGCGGCCACCUGUAUAGAACGGCCUCCUGCCUAUAGCGGCCACUGACAAAUCCCCCCACAUGUUAUAGACCCUGUGUAUAGCAGUCACCUCUCCAACGCGGCCAGCGGCCACCCAUUUUGUCUCCCUUGGUCAAUAUCUGACCGCAUAUAGCGGCCAAAAUGCCAACUCAAGCAGAAGCUUCAUGCACGAAAAAGUUUAGUUUUUUAAUCAAUGAAGCCGUCGUGUGUAGACUUUAAUUACUGAGUCCUAGCUCAGUCACAAUCAUUCACAAGAUCCACACAAACUGUCAGUUGUUCCACAUAAAAAAGCCGUCUUCUUUGGAGCUUGUUGCAGACAGUGUCACCGUUUAUUUCCUGGUGUGAGACAAUGUGCACUGGUCAAUACUGUAAUGCCGCUUGUUGUGGGGAAGGAGAGACUCACGUCGCCGAUGCACUUUAAUUGCUUUAUUAACAGCGCAGAACACUGCAGGACUUUACAUCCAACAUAAACACACUUCCCAACUCUCUCGACAUUCACAGCUAGCACUCAGCCUAGCUCUCCUGCUCGUGACCGUCACUUCCUGAUGAACUAAAGCUGUAAUGACACUCUGCUGUAUAUAUAGUAGCACAGCUUUGUUCUGUGGGUGGUGUAGAAUAACAAGCCUAGUUGUUCUUUACAACUUUUAUCCGUAGUCCCACAGUGCCCUCUACUGGUCAACAUGUAACAGUAUAAUUAUAUGUAUCUGCAAACACAGCAAGCUUCUAAUCACAGUUAAUAUGUGUGCACACAAAUUCAAAAUGGCCGCCAACCUGUUUUUAACGGCCACCUGCCUUAGCGGCCACUUUUGCCGUUUCCCUUUAGUGGUCACUAUAGACAGGUUUGACUGUAAUCUGAGGUUUCGAGAAUAAAGUGUUAAAUUUACGAGAAUAAAGUCGGAAAUUUAUGAGAAAAAAACUUGUAACUUUAUGUUACAGGCAUUGCCUGAGAAAGCUAUGAAAAGGGGGGGGACUUAUGUGACCGUUGGCCUUGGGCAUGUGGAAGGAGCGGGGUAAGGAAGGUGGAAGUGAGAUGGGGUACACAUGCUGAUCUGUUUGUGCUCAACUGCUCUGCUUUGCUGCUGCCACAUUAUACAGUAAAUAAAAGCUUGCCUGAAGCAAGAGGAAAGUUUCCUUCCUUCCUGAAGAGCUAUGCUCUCUUUUCCCUCUCACACGUAUGACACAUAAUGUUACGACUUUAUUCUCAUACAUUUACGACUUUUUUUUCUCGUAAAUUUACGACUUCAUCCUAGUAAUACUACGAUUUUUUUUCUCGUGAAUUUAUGAUGUUUUUUUCUCGUAAAUUUAUGAGUUUAUUCUAAUAAUAUUACAAUUUUUUUUUCUCUUGAAUUUAUGACGUUUUUUCUUGUAAAUUUCCGACUUCAUUCUGGUAAAUUUCCGACUUUAUUUUCUAAAUUUCAAUUUUUUUUUUCAAUGUGGCCCUAAUACUCCGUCGUUGAAGGCAAAGAAAGAUAUCGAUAUAUCUCUUAAUAUAACUAUAUAACUAUUUUCUUCCGAGAUGUUUCCUUUUAGGGUUAUAGAUAGCUUACCGAGGGGGUAGCACGCUCUCACUGACUGAACACAUACUGGCCUCCCUCCCCCUUCCUUUGCUCAUCCAAUCAGCAGUCAGAACGUAGUGUAGAUGCAUUCACAGACUUGCGAUGAGUGGGAUAUUUCAAACUCUUUUCAAAAAUGCACAUUUCCUCCACUUCGGUGUUAAAAGAGCUUGACAUGGGGGCCGCGACAUGCAGGCUGAAGAGCCGCAUGCGACUCCGCCACGGGUUGCCGACCUCUACCAUAGGAUAUGGGCGGAGUCUUCAGUCAAACUUCUUAUAAAAACGCAGCCUCCCAGCCCAGAGUUUGACCAAACUUGUCAUGACAAAUAUCAUACAAUUUGUCAACAAAAGUCUCAAAGGUGCCGCAAUAAUGCAAUGGAAGUGUGCUGACCAAAAUGUAGCCAUGACGCCGGAAUUUAGACACUUUAAAAGUGCUUUUUUUUUUCAGCACAACUGGUUACACGCCGUUUUGUGCAUCUGUGGCUUUAAUGCUAAUGAGCCGUUCGUGUCAGUACCUGUGUAAGACACAAUAUGUCACAUACAAGACAGGAGGCCACAGACGUUAGCAACACUAGCAUAGGUAUGUGCUACAUUACAUCAUGUUAGGUGAGUCUUUUUUUUUAGAAGUGGUGGUUCUUCUAGCUGGGGUGGGUCAGAACCAUGUUCUGCCAGGCUGAACUUGGUGAUGGCAGCCUGGGGUCGGAGGUGAGCACACAAAGGCCCAUGUCAGACCGAGAGGUCAUUCCCACCAGUCCAGUGGAGGGUCAAAGUUCUUCUCAGCAGGCCACUGGAACAUAAUGGAGUGCUUGCUGUUCAUGUGCUCCCUCUUGCGAGCGUUUCAUCCGAGUACUUGCGCGUUUUUCAGGAAGUUCUGAAAGUGUGUUUGUAUGUGUGAGACAGAGAGAAAAGCCUGUUGAGUGUGUGCGGAGCGCCUGCGCUCGCCUCACUCAGCACCUUGACAUUGGCACUGCACGGGCCUCUCCGCCAAAAUCUGCUGCUUCAGCUACAUCGCACUUCCCCCUCCUCCACCCUACCCCCUCUAUGAGUCACUCCCCCGCCUGCCCUCGCCUCACUCCCACCCCGUCCAGGAGGAGCUUUAAUCACUCUGAUAAAGUUUUGGGAGGAGGGCCUGGAGUUAAGGGGGCCGUCCUGAUUGUUGACUCGGACUACUGUGGGAAUGCAGAUGCUCCGUGCGUGCGCUGGUGACCCCCACCAGCUGGGUGUCUGACGUCUGUCACACCAGCCGCUAGUUGGCAUGACAACACGGCAUAUGGCGACCAAAACAUGCAAUCUCCUCUUAAGGAUCACGCAAAGCAAGGUUUUAGCGGCCGGGCGUAAUUAGGCUCUGAUGGAAACGAUGCGUUUGCUAACUAAUUAUUAUUUAUUAUAAUUUUAUAUUAUUUAUUAUUUUAUUUUGUCAUCUGUUGGGGAAACAGAUGGUAAAAAAUAGGUAAAUAUUAGUAUUAGCACCUAUGUACUAAUAAACCCCUAAAUUCACUGCUUUCAGGUACAAAUGAGUUGCAUCAAAAAUUCUGCUUAAAUAAACACUAUAAUGCUCAUUUUGGCCAGUAUUUAAUCAACCGUAUGUUGGUUAUUGUAUUUUUGCAGUGUUUAGGUGAAUGAUGGUGUUAUGAUCGUAGAGUCAAUCAAAAAUGUAUAGAUUUUUAUUUUAAAGCCAGAAUUUUGAAUACAGAUCUUGUGCUGGAGACUGAUGGUUUUUUGCCAGUGAGGAAAAAUGCUUUGCUUUGCUCUGUAAUUUCGGCUCUCGAAUGUUUAUUAUCCACGUUUCCAUUGCUGUAACGAAGUGUAAUAUUGUGUUUUUUGUUAUGAACGGCUAAGCCAGAGUUAGGAUCCCAAAUGCAGGGAGCGACGCUUGAAGGUGAACAAAGGUUUUAAUGUCCAAAAAAUAAUGGUUUUCACAAGGCAAAAACGGCCUUGGUCUAAUGGUUAGCAUGUUGGGCAACACAGUAACAGUCUGGAGAUCGGGAAGUCCUGGGUUCGAUUCUCCCUUGGGCAUGUCUGUGUGGAAUUUGCAUGUUCUCCCCGUGCGUGGGUUUUCUCCGGGUACUCCGGUUUCCUCCCACAUUCCAAAAACAUGCAGGUUAGGUUAAUUGGAGACUCUAAAUUGUGUGAAUGGUUGUUUGUCUAUAUGUGCCCUGCGAUUGGCUGGCGACCAGUCCAGGGUGUACCCCGCCUGUCGCCCGAAGUCAGCUGGGAUAGGCUCCAGCAUGCCCCACGACCCUAAUGAGGAGAGGCAAAAACGAGAAGAGAGUCCAACGAAAACACACAGGCAGAGGUGAGGGGAGGUGGGUGGCCCAUGAGGAAGGGUGUUUGUGGCAAACACAGUGUAAGAUAGGCUGGCGGACGCCCCUAAGGCCCUGCAAAAAGCCUUCCAGAUACGAGAGGAGAACUGGGGGGCCCCUAUCCGAGACCAAGUCCGUGGGGAUGCCAUGGAGACGAAACACCUGUUCCACCAGCAACUGGGCAGUUUCAAGGGCGGAAGGCAAUUUAGGCAAGGCAAUGCAAUGUACCAUCUUAGAAAAGCGAUCAACCCCACUGAGGAUGACAGUAUUGCCUCUAGAGGACGGAAGACCUGUGACGAAGUCCAGUGCAAUGUGGGACCAAGGGCGAGCAGGAAUGGGUAGCAGCAAUAGGAGGCCGGACGGUGGACGGAGGCCUUGUUCCUGGCGCAACAAACUCCUUCACAUCCGCUGACAGGGAGGGCCACCAGAAUCGUUGAGGUACGUCUGACACCUGGGUGGCGUGCCAACCUGGAUUCAUGACCUCACCGGAGCACCUCUGGCCUGAGUUCAGCUGUAACGAAAAGCCUGCCGGCAGGGCAUUCCUCCGGUGCCUCCAUUCCUUCCAUUGCUUCCGACACCCUCUGCUCCACCUCCCACUGGAGUGCCCCCAUCAACACCCGGGCUACAGGUAUGAUGGUUGUAGGUGUUUGGUCCUCCUCGGCUGGGCCGUAGAUCCAAGACAGGGCGUCGGGCUUCGUGUUCCGAGAACCUGGCCUGUAUGUAAUUGAGAAGUUGAACCUUUUCAAGAACAGUGACCAAUGACCAACCUGGUGGGAAUUGAGUUUCUGAGCAGAUCUUAUGUAAGCAAGGUUCUUAUGGUCCGUUACCACCAGGAAGGGCAAGGCUGUGCCCUCCAACCAGUGCCUCCACUCCUGCAGCGCAAGCACGAUGGCCAACAGUUCACGAUUGCCCACGUCAUAAUUUGAUUCAGAAAUGGUGAGGCGACGGGAGAAGAAGGCACAGGGGUGGAGCCUCCGGUCGACCGGGGAGCGCUGCUACAGGACCGCCCCCACUCCUGUGUCCGACGCGUCGACCUCUACAACAAAUUGAGCAGAAGGGUUAGGGUGAGCGAGUACCAGGGCAGAAGUGAACAAUUUCUUAAGACUGACAAAUGCUUUCUCAACCUCUGGGGUCCAAACAAAGGGAACCUUCGUAGAUGUAAGCCCUGCAACUGUAGUUGCGAAUGAAGCGUCUGUAAAAGUUAGCGAAGCCCAGGAACCUCUGCAGUUGCUUUCUUGUUGUAGGAGAAGGCCAUUCAACCACCGCCUGCAUCUUGGCGGGAUCAGCUCUUAGUUGGCCCUUCUCCACAAUGUACCCCAGGAAUGACACGGACGAGGAGUGAAAUUCACAUUUGUCAGCCUUCACAAACAGCCGAUUCUCCAGCAGCCGUUGAAGAAUCAAACAGACAUGCCGGAAAUGCUCUUCGAGGUUUCUGGAAAAGUUAAGGAUAUCAUCCAAGUAGACAAAGCAGAAAACAUUUAUCAUGUCCCUGAGGACAUCAUUAAUAAGACAUUGAAAGACAGCGGGGGCGUUCGUAAGGCCAAAGGACAUAACCAGGUACUCGAAGUGCCCGAGGGGAGUAUUAAAAGCAGUUUUCCACUCAUCACCCUCCUUGAUACGUACCAGGUGAUACGCAUUGUGUAGGUCGAGUUUAGAAAACAAACGGACGUUGUGGAGGGAUGAAAAGGCAGAGUCCAUAAGUGGCAGUGGGUAACAGUUACGUACUGUAAUCUUAUUGAGACCCCUAUAAUCGAUACAGGGGCGUAACGACUUAUCUUUUUUAGCAACAAAAAAGAAUCCUGCUCCCAGCGGGGACGAGGAUGGGCAAAUAUGACCAGCAGCUAAGGACGUCAAAAUAUAUUCCCGUAACGCCUGCAGUUCGGGGGCCGACACGUUGUACAACCGAGCGUUGGGAAGCGUAGCGUCGGAUAACAGUAUUAUGGCACAAUCAUAAAGACGAUGCGGUGGUAGUGCCUGGGCCUUGUCCUUACUAAAGACGGCCCUGAGGUUGUGAUACUCGACCGGUACCCCAGACAGGUCUAAUUUCUCAGUAGUAGAAGGUAUAAUGGGCGUGUUUGGCACCACCGAGCGUAAGCAAUUACCGUAACAAAAUGGACUCCAAUUCUCAAUACGGGCGCCACCCCAGUCAACCACCGGAUUGUGCAAACGGAGCCAGGUGAGGCCCAGUACCACGGGUGCGGAUUGUGAAGGGACAAUAAAAAAACGGACAUACUCACAGACAGGCUGGUUAGAGCGGUCCAAUCCCAGGGGUCGAUCGGCCGAUGAUACCGGGACCGGGAUCCCCUCACACGUCGGCGGUGAACCCGAGCGGGACACUUCGACAGCAGGUGGUCGUUUUGGCCGGAGUAAAGGCAUAGGUGAAGCCGUCGGCGAAGUGAUCUCUCCGGCGAUGUAAGGCGUCGGGCUCCCAGCUGCAUGGGUUCCUCCCAGGGAGGUGUCGGCGGAUCCUCGGCCGGCAUGUCCGUGAGGGCGCCACUCCUGCGGUGAAUGGACAGGGUUGGUGCGGGAGUGGUGGUUCCCUCCUCUGCGUGCUCCCGGUCCCGCUCGUGGAGUCUAUUAUCCAGUCGGGUGGCCAAGUCAAUGGGGGCGUCCAGCGAGGUGGUGUCGUCGCGGACCGUCAGCUCGUCCUUUAUGCGGGGAUUGAGAGCCUUGCGGAAGAUACCGCGUAAUGCUGCAUCGUCGUAGCCGCUUUCCGCUGCCAGUACACGGAAGUCAAUAGAGAAGGUGGCUACGCUGCCUGAGGUCCAAUAACCGAAUACUCGCCUCCCUUUCCUUAACUGGGUGGUCAAACACCUUCCUCAUCUCCCCCAGGAAUGAGACGAGGGAAGAGCGGAUAGCGGGGCUAGCCUUGGUAAUAGCUAAAGCCCAGGCUGCGGCCUUGUCAGUUAGCAGGCUCAUAAUGUACCCUACCUUGGCGGGGUCUGUGGGGUAGGUACCCGGUUGCUGGUCGAAAACCAGGGAGCACAGAUGAAGAAACUGUUCACAGGAUCCUGACUCACUGGAAAAGCGUGGAGGAUGCGGGAUAUUCGGCUCGCGGAGCGGUUUAGUGGUUGCAACCGCCGGGGCUGGGGAGCUAGUAGCUAAUGCGCCGGAAGGAGGUAAGUGUUCAUCCGGCGAGAGGUGUGCGCAUGCUACUUCGAGGCGCGCGCAUGCUCCUUCGAGGCGCAAGUCACUCAUGCCAGCCGAUAAGGCUAAUGCUUCUCAUGGCCUUCUCAUGGUCUCCGACCAGCUGGCACUGGUUCGAGAGAGCGAAGCGGAAACGUUCUGCCUCUGCGGGAUCCAUGCUAUUGGCCAGAUCGUUCUGUCAUGAAUGGCUAGCGCCGGAGUUAGGAUCCCAAAUGCAGAGAGCGAUGCUUGAAGGUGAACAAAGGUUUUAAUGUCCAGAAAAUAAUGGUUUUCACAAGGCAAAAACGAGAAGAGAGUCCAACGAAAGCACACAGGCUGAGCCUAGCUAAGAAUAACAAAAAACACUACUACAUAAGGUAGUAGGGAAAAAGUCUAGGACAACUAAAGGCACCACUACAAAAGGUAGCAGGAAAAGGACUAGGAGUCUUAUACAACAGAAACUGCAGUAACAAGGAACUACUGCUACUGGAGUAGCCGAGCAGGGAUAAGUACUCACGAUACAGUAGCAUUAUAGCAAGAGGACAAAUCGGGAAUAGCUAGUACAGUAGCUCGAGGAGCGACGUAGCAGAAGGUACGAUCUGGCACCUAACAAGUCCAAGUGCCCUUCUUAAGUACCCGCCGCCUGUGAUAGUGUGCAGGUGUGUGCAGGUAGCUCCGCCUCAGCCGGCUUGGUGGCAACUGCAAGACACAGCAGACAGGCGGCAGCAAAAGGACAGACACAGAAUGUGACAUUUUUGUAGUUGGCAUCGGUGUAGAACUGCGCUGAAUCAAGCUGAGAGCUGUUCCUGAUACUUCGGUUACCUUAUUUGGCAUCAGUGUCAAAAAUAGUCUCGUCGAUCGAGAAAAUAAGCAUUAUUAUCUUGAAAAAAGCUGCUUAUUGGAUCUCCUUAUAUCAAACAUGGGUAAACUCCGGGCAAACUAUGUCUUUGCAAUGCUAUUUAUAAACAGCAGCUCAAGGAACUUUGAUACAAAGCAAAGUGGGGGUUUGUGUACAAAGCAGCUGGUUCUGCAAGUUCUGCAAAAAGUGAUGUUUUAUAUUUUAUGGGUGUUUUUUCCUGUCAAAAACUUUGCGCCCCUGCAUUAUUGAAGGUGCAAGUCUUUACGCCAGCAGUUUGGCUCUUGAAUGUUUAUUAUCCACACACACAAUUGAAGUUAAAGGAAUAUAAGUAUUGCAAUAAAUUCUUUUGGGUCAGGUUUAUCGAUGCGGCACAUUUUUCCGCACAACUCUUUGCUGCCUAAAGGGCUGAACGAGCCAAAAAGAUGAUAAAAAGAGGAAGAGAAUUGUAAAAAUUCUAAAUAUAUUGGUUGAAGAUACAAGAAAAAUAGCAACAAACAGAAAAAUUCUGUUUGUCUCAUCCAUCCAUCCAUUUUCUAUGCCAUUUCUCCUCAUUAGGGUCGCGGGGGUAUGCUGGAGCCUAUCCCAGCUGACUCCGGGCGAGAGGCGGGGUACACCCUGGAUUGGUUGCCAGACAAUCGCAGGACACAUAUAGACAAACAACCAUUCAUACCUAUGGACAAUUUAGAGUCUUGCAACUGGACAGAAUUUCCCCAAAAGAGUGUCGCGUCCCUUUAAAAAUCAUCAUGAUAAUGGCUUGAUAGCCACUGUUGGUACUUUCCAACGACCACACAGACAGUAGUAGCAUGAGGCGGUAUCGCUUGCAUGCCACAAGCCAUCAUGUCACCACCGUGCAUCAUAACUUGAGUCCUUCCGCCCUUAAAAGCAACUGAGUUCCCACUGCAAACACGGCGCACAGCGGGCGUGGUCACAGCACCGGAUUGUUUUGUUUUUCUACCGCCGAGCAGCAGCGCUUCCCUUCACGGCUUUAUUGCCUGCAGGAUUAUGCAAAAUUUGCUUAACUUUUGGCAUAUUGGCACACAAACCCUUUUCAUGCCAUAAUAAAGCAAAAAAAACAAGUUAUUGUGCAUCAUGUGUUUUUACAUUUGGGACAUAACAGCCUCUCUCCUAUUAACAUCUCGUCCUCUUCACGGUUAGGUAAAUAAACAUCCCAGCUAUAUUUAGACCACUCACGAUAAUAAAUGUUCGUGUUUCGACAGAAAAAAAUGUUAUCAUAAUAUAAACAAAUCACUUGAGUGUUUUAAUCGUUGUUAUAGUUGGUACCAGUGGGGGGUGGCAUGGCUCAGGUGGUAGAGUGGUUGUCUCCCAACCUGAAGGUUGCGGCUUCGAUCCUGAUGCUGCGUCAUCAGUGGGCAAAUGUGCUCGCAGUGUCAAAGCGCUUUGAGUGCGUUGGAGGUGGACCAUUUACCACUAGUGCCCCCUCUGGCCAUUGAGGGUAACUACAUCCACUGUGGUUAUCAAUGUGAAAGAACAACAUUUUUCUUCUUUCUCUCUCCAAUUACAAAUCAAGUGAGGCCAAAAAACAGUAAAUUAGCCCGAAACCCAAUAUGGACUCCACCCUGGAGAUUACACGGUCCACUCAGCCAGCAUGCACAAGAAUAACAGCCUGGCUUGCUCUCACUACUGUCCUUUAGCCGCAAUGUGUGUGUGCUUUGUUUGUGUGGUUGUGCACAGGCCUUAGCUACUCCAAAGAGUGUGUGUGUGUGUGUGUGUGUGUGUGUGUGUGUGUGUGUGUGUGUGUGUGUAUGAACGGUGUUGUACCUGCACGUAGACAUACAUGUAAUUGGCCCCUGAGGAGAGCAGCGGGACUGAGAAAUGUUUUUCCCCGUCAACUGUUGAGCAAGAAUGUGUUGUCGUACAAAAUGUGUCGGCUGUUGUGUGACACAUCGACACACACAUGAGCCGCUACACACCUGUCUGCUUCUGUCAUGUCGCACAUAUUCCGACAGUUGAUCAUCUUUGUUAGUGUAAAAUAAGCAUUUCAACUGCAGGCUCGUCUAUAGUUGACAUGAAGGGGGAGUGAGACAAAAAGUAUUUGGAACUUGUAAUUUAAAAAUAAAUAAAUAAAACUGAAAUAGGUCGUUUAUCAGCGGAUCAAAAGUUUAAGACCACAGGCUAUAAAAACCAAAAUUGUUUUCUGUCAGGCAUUCACACUGUCAUGCCCUCCUGAUGGUAAAGCUAAGAAGCUUUCUCUUUUUGAAUGCGGUCGGAUUGUGGAGUGCAUAAGCAAGGCCUCUCGUAGCGUGCCAUUGUUGCUGAGGUUGGGUGCAGUAAGACAGUCAUUCUACAUUUUUUGAAAGAUCCUGAGCAUUAUGGAACAAAAAAAGUCAAGUGGUAGACUCCAAAAAAAAAUCACACCUGCGCUGACCCGGAGGAUCCGAUUGGCUGUCCAUGAAGACACAGGGCGGUCUUCCACCCACAUUAAGGUCCUUACUGGUGCCGACUGCAGCACAAUAACCAUCAGACGGCAUCUGCGGGAAAAGGGUUUAAAAAAAAAAAAGAAUUAAAAGACCUCGUCUCCUUCAAAGCCACAAAACUGCCUGUUUAGACUUUGCCAGGGAGCAUCAAACAUGGGACAUUGAAAGGUGGAAAAAACUUUUAUUCUCUGAUGAGAAAAAAUGUAACCUUGACGGUCCAGAUGGCUUCCAACGUUACUGGCAUGACAAGGAGAUCCCACCUGAGAUGUUUUCUACCCGGCACAGUGGAGGGGGGGUCCAUCAUGAUCUGGGGUGCUUUUUCAUUCAGUGGAACACUGGAGCUUCAGGUGGUGCAGGGUCGUCAAACGGAUGCAGAUGUUGCAGCGGGCAUCCCUCAUGACUGAGGGCCCUCGUCUGUGUGGUAACAGCUGGGUUCUUCAACAGGACAACGCUGCAGUUCGCAAUGCUGGCUUGACCAAGGACUUCUUCAGGGAGAAUAACAUCACUCUUUUGGACCAUCCUGCAUGUUCCCCUCAUUUAAAUCCCAUAGAGAACAUUUGGGGAUGGAUGGCAAGGGAAGUUUAUAAAAAUGGCCAUCAGUUCCAGACAGUUGAUGCCCUUGGUGAAGCCAUCUUCACCACUUGGAGCAAUGUUCCCACUAGCCUCCUGGAAACACUCCCAUCAAGCAUGCCCAAACCCAUUUUUGAAGUGAUGAACAAGAACGGUGGAGAUACUCAUUACUGAGUCCUACUGAGAACAUUUUUUGUUCUGGUUUGGAGAGUUUUUUGUUAGUUUUUGAGCAAUGGUCUUAAACUUUUGAUCAGCUUAUAAACAGCUUAUUUCAGUUUAAUUGUUGUUUUCAAUCAGUUACUUUUUCAAAAUGCUUUUUGUCUCACUCCCCCUUCUUGCUUUUGCAUAUUUUAUUGCAUAUUGUAAAGCGUAAUCAUGAUUUUGAGUGCAUGAGAAAGUGGACGAAAAGAAAUGUAGUGCUCUGUCACCACAUGGUCAUGUAUGAAUAAGUAUAUUGCACAACACAGCGCAGGCAAUAAAACCAAUGUUGUAACAGCAGUAAGGCGCAAACUGCAUUAAUCGCACUCAUGAACUGAUUGUAAACGACAACACGGGAAAUGCAAUAUACGUGACUUUCACACCAACAGCUGAGUAGCAACAUUUUAUAGCGCAUGCGGGGGUAGAUAAAGCUGCUGGAUGCUGACCACUCCAGAUAAGAACAAAUGCAUCUCCUACCAUCGUAAUUGAAAAAAACAAAAACUUCACCAGUGCCAGCAGUUACACACCUUUGUGGUUAUUUGCUUUUAUUUUGUUUUGACAUUUAAUCCUACAAAGUUUGUCCAUUAAAUAUUAAAAGACAAUCCUAUGUAUCUGUGUUGUUAGUUCAUUAUUUCAGUUUAUGACUCUAUAAUUUGGAUAAUUGCGAGGAGCGAUGCUCUUCCACUUCCCUUUUGUUAAAAAGCAAAGCUGCACUUUAAAAAACAAAAAAGAAUUCCCAUCAUCCGCAAUCCUUAUGUGAGACAUGAACACACGUCUUUCUCGUUUCUGUGCGUUCUAAAGAUAUAAAAAGAGACCGCUAUUAAAACACCUCCUAAAACCUCCAACAAGGUUUUAUGGUUUCAUAUCCAUGCUGUGGCCAUGUAGUAACAGGUACAUUCAUGAUAACAUGUAAUACUUACAGUAUUUUACCAGAUUUUGGUCAUUUUAAGCAUUACCGGAACCACCUUCCUGGGCGAAUUGAUUUCACAUAGCAACAUAGAAACAAAUGCUACACGUAGCAUUAACUUUUCCAAACUCAAAAAUACAAAAACAGUAGCAGCAGUGGCAGUUCCAGUGUGUAGCAUGACUUUUCUGGUAAUGGUCUGAGGCACUGGGCUGCGGACGAGUGUGUGGUGAAGCUAGUGGCUAGCCAGCUAGUGGCUAGCCACUAGCUGGCUAGCCAGUGUGUCAAUGCCAGUGCCCCAGUAACAUAGUUCAAUCGAACUCACACCUGAGUUCAAUUUCUCUAGAUACACCCAGGCCUGAUUACUGCCAAACCAGUUCUUAAUCAAGAAAGCACUAAAAUAGGACCUGACAAAGUGCAGUAGACCAAAAGAUCCUCUAAAGCUAGACAUCAGGCCAAGGUCUAAAGAAAUUCAGGAACAAAUGAGAAAGAAAGUAAUUGAGAGAUCAGUCUGGAGAAGGUUAUAAAGCCAUUUCUACAGCUUUGGGACUCCAGCGAACCACAGUGAGAGCCAUUAUCCACAAAUGGUGUAAACAUAGAACAGUGGUGAACCUUCCCAGGAGUGGCUGGCCAACCAAAAUGACCCCAAGAGCGCAGCGACGAUUCAUCCAAGAGGUCACAAAAGACCCCACAACAACAUCCAAAGAACUGCAAGCCUCACUUGCCUCAGUUAAGGUCAGUGUUCAUGACUCCACCAUAAGAAAGACACUGGGCAAAAACGGCCUGCAUGGCAGAGUUCCAAGACCAAAACCACUGCUGAACAAAAAGAACAUUAAGGCUUGUCUCAAUUUUGCCAGGAAACAUCUUGAUGAUCCCCAAGACCUUUGGGAGAAUACUCUGCCAAAACCUUUUGGAAGAUGUGUGAAUGGAAGGUGUGUCCCAUUACAUCUGGCAAAAAAGUAAUGCCACAUUUCAGAAAAAGAACAUCAUACUAACAGUAAAAUAUGGUGGUGGUAGUAUGACGGUCUGGGGCUGUUUUCCUGCUUCAGGACCUGGAAGACUUGCUGUGAUAAAUGGAACCAUGGAUUCUGCUGUCCAAAAAACCCUGAAGGAGAAUGUCCGGCCAUCAGUUGGUGACCUCAAGCUGAAACUAACUUGGGUUCUGCAGCAGGACAAUGAUCCAAAACACACCAGCAAGUCCACCUCUGGAUGGCUGAAGAAAAACAAAAUGAAGACUUUGGAGUGGCCUAGUCAAAGUCCUGACCUGAAUCCUAUUGAGAUGCUGUGGCAUGACCUUAAAAAGGCGCUUCAUGCUGGAAAAGCCUCCAAUGUGGUUGAAUGACAACAAUUCUGCAAAGAUGAGUUGGCCAAAAUUCCUCCACAAUUUAGGGGGCAAUCAUUUUUUCACACAGAGCCAUGUAGGUGUGGAUUUUUUUCUCCCAAAAUAAUAAAAAGUUGUAUUUUAAAACUGCAUUUUGUGUUCAGUUGUGUUGUCAUUCACUAAUAUUUUAAUUUGUUUGAUGAUCUGAAAUAUUCAAGUGUGACAAAAGUGCAAAAAAAAAAAAAGAAAUCAGGAAGGGGCAAACACUUUUUCACACCACUGUGUGUUCAUGUCUCACAUAAGGAUUGUGGUUGAUUGAGAACAUUUUUUAAAAAGUGUACUUUUCCUUUAACUCAUAUAAUAUACCAUGCAAAAUGCAAGCUUGGGUGGUUAAAAAGACCUACAGAAUUCUAAAUAUCUAUCAAUCAAUAUUUAUAUAUAUAAUAAACCUAAACAAGUCCAUGUAUAUGUGCACAGCUGCCUGUGUACUUCAACAAUACACACAAAUCAUAGAAGUCACACUGACAGGCUAUGACAGGCCGUAUAGUUUAUGACAAGUACCAUGUACGGUCUUGCACAGGCAGGAAAAGGGCUGUGUUGAUUUGGUUAGUGAGAUUACACUGGGCACACGUUAGCGAGCUGCGUCCAACGUGAGGCCCGGCCAGGCUGCGGCCGCGUUGGCUUGGUUAAUGCUAGGUCUGCUGGUCUGGAGCGCCCAAUGCUGGCCUGCGACUGGGGCGCAGCGGCUGAUUGCUUCCAGCCCAUGGUGGAGGUAAUGAAGGCUUGGUGGUCAUCAUGAUGCACAAUUACAUACACUCACACACACACACACACACACACACGGGCUGACCUAUGAGGGAAUUUUCAUACACACAUGUACUUUUGUGUGUGUAUGUUUUCUGCCAUGCUUAUUAGUGGUUGCUGACACACAUGCACAAGCACUCACACCAGCGACUGCAUGUGCAGAUUCACCAUACGCACACCUUCAAAUGAAUCCAUUCCUUGCCACUGUGUUGAACACUAUAUUCAAUUCAACUCCACAAUUUCACCCUAUUUUCUGUCAUUUUAUUGUAUUUAAUUUGAUUGGAAAUAAUAAAUUGCUACGCAAAUGGCAAAUGAAAUAGUAAGAAAUACGAUACAAUAAGAUAACAUUAACUUUAUAUUUAUGUUUACUAACAAAAUAUGUCAAUUUGUUGAAACUGUAUUUUACGGCCGUAACAAUUGAUCGAUUAAUCAACGGUUGAUGGACCACCCAAUUAAUCAAAAAUUAUUUUGGUAAUUGAUUAAUUGUUUUUUUUUUAUUUAAAUAUGUAAAUAUCCUCUGAUUUCUGCCUCUCAAAUGAAAGCAGACUCAUUAUGUUUGUGUUUUAGCCAAAACAAGAUAUUCACACAUAUCAGCUUUGACUUUGGAAAACAGGGAUGGCCAUCAGUGCCUCUUUCUGAUGUUGCGGACCCAACCAGUAACUGUAGGUGUUUGUUCCAUAUUCAUUUGGUCCAUCUAUGGCCUAACCGAUUACUCCAUUGAAACAACUGAAACAACAAGCUUCAGAAGAAUCGACUAAGAAAAGGUUGUAAUUGUAUGUUUGUGUACGUUUAUUGUUUUACUGAAGCCAUUUGACAAACAUUUAGAUUUUUUAUUAUUUAACAUUAUUCUAACAGAAUAUUCAAGCGGCAACCUGGUGUUUGUGCACUUAUUUGCUCUGUCAGUUCAAAUCUUCUAUUUCUGAAUAGAGGCGGAAAUAAAAAAAUGUGCUGUUGUUGGGUUUUUUUAAUCCGAUUAAUUGAAUAAUCGAAAAAAUAAUCGACCAAUUAAUCGGUUAUUCAAAUAAGUGUUAGCUGCAGCCCUACUUUAUAAUGUUUAUGUUUUUUGUUUUUUGUUUUUUUUAGGUGUUAGCUUUAACACCUAGCACAAUAUAUUGUAAUUUAUUAGUUGCAAAAAAUCCCCAAAUUAUUAUUUUUUAUAUUAUCUUAAUUUUUUUAGCUUUCAUUUUAAAAUGAUCUUCAACAAUCUGUACAGUAUGUCGGCACAAUCUAAUGCAAAAUACGCAGGCAAAACACAAAAAAAUAUAGCUUUAUAUAACUGUGUUUAACUGUAUUUUGUUAAUUUAAUUUAAUUUAAUUUAAUUUAAUUUAAUUGUAAAUAAUAAAUUGACAUGCAACUUGCAAAUGGCAAAUGACAUAAUAAAAAAUAUGAUGCAAUAAAAUAACAUUAACAUGCCCAUUUUUUAAACCUGCGAUUUAGACCUUAGCUUCAGCAGCUUGAACAUUAUAUUACAAUUUGUUAGUUACAAAAAUCCCCAAAUUGUUAUUACUUUUUGAAAAUCUUACCUUUUUUUUUGCUUUAAUUUUAAAAUGAUUGUCAACAAAAUGUAUGCCUAUUUAAUUUAAUUUUAUUUUAUUUUAUUUUAUUUUAUUUUAUUUAAUUUUAUUUGUUGCAUAUUGUACAUUUGCUCGCUCAAAAGGUUGGCUGAGUCGUGCCUGACGUGUGGAGCGUGCGAUCACGCUUGUGUGCUUGCUGCAUCAAGAUGUAGUGUGACAGGCCACACACACACAUAUCCACGUAAUAAUUAGGGAAGUGAGCUUAAGGAGGAGUAAACCUCUUAGCAGCACGUGGACAGAAUGAAUACAUGCUUCUUACAUAAGAAUAAACAGAACAUUUAAUAAUUAUAUACGGAGCAGCCAUUGGGCUUGAAGGAGAGGCUCAACCAGCUUGCGUUCAACAGGUGCAUAUUCAUCAGCCACGCUAAAGAGGUUAUUGACACCACUAGGCUCCUGCUCUUAAAAAAACAUUAACUGCCACGUAAAACCCAAGCUGACGAUACGCUCAUAGUUUCAAAUAUCAUCCAAACGGAGUGCACUGAAACAGCUUAAUUCACCUUUAGAUGUGUAGCUUGUGCUGAGGCAAUUUUUGGAUCGGAAAAGUUAACUUAGAACAGCUCAUCUUAUCUUUGGCUGCUGGUUUUUAUGGAUGUUUUAACAGUUGUUAUUCAUUGACCGGUGCAAAGGGUUCUAAGCAGUUGUUUGGUCGGUCCAUAAAGCACUCAAACUAAUUGUUUAAAUGCAUCCUUCUCAACAGUGCAUGAAGAUUGGCAAAUAAUUGCUUGUAUCCGACAACCGGAUGAUGAUGACGUCUGAUGUAGGAAUGGCAUAACUCCUGCUAUUUCAAUCCAUGAAGUAACGUAACAUCAAAUGCGGUUUACUUUGUCAUCUUGACAUUAAAGCUAUGGCUGCGCAUUACAAAUAUUUGACUCACACUACACUCAGAAAAGUGCUUGAGUGGGCUGUGAUGUGCGUGCUACAGCAACAGGUGGUGCGGUAAGGCAAUGUUGGCCAAUAUUCAUUAGAUAUUUUGACAUCAACAAAAUUAUAUUAAUAAAAACAGUUACUUUUAAUUCAUCAACAAGCACAUUGCACAACACAGGAGUGACAGAACCAAUGUUGUAAUAGCAGUAAGGGGCCAAUUGUUCAGCAAGCAUUAAUACCGCUUUAAAAAGUAACUUUUCUGAAGUUUCAAGAAUUAUUAUCAGUUAUUUUUAUUAAUUACAAACAAAACAAAAAAGAUUAACUAAACUUAAGAAAACUCAAAAAAAUAAAAGGAUUCGGCGGCACAGAAAAUGAAUGAAUGAAUAAUUAAUCCAGGCAAAAUUAAAAUAGACAUCUAAGUUGACUAAUGAUCGCAGUGCAAGGGAAACACCACAUGGACCACAUAGUCUAUUUAUUAGCAAGUAUAUUGCACAACACAGCAGCAACAGAACCAAUGUUGUAAUAGUGCUAAGGGGCGACUUGUUCAGCCAGCAUUAAUAGCGCUGUUGAUUUCAUUGUAAACAAGUACAGUACGGCAAGUGGCACACGCAGGAGUUUCACACCGACAGCUGAGUAGCAACAUUUGAAAGCGCAUGCAGAGGUAGAUAAUGAUGCAGCCGUCCAAGAGGUCAAGCAUCCGCUUUAAGGUUUUAAGGAAAGCCCAUCAAAUGUGAUUAAAGGCUACCCCGGGUAAGCAGCAGUGCAAAUAAAACUGUCAUAAAGAUGACAUGACUCGUGCUCAAAAGUGACGCCAUUGACGCCUGCCUUUCUGUACGCCACAAAACAACCAAAACUCCGCCAGACUGUGAUGGAAAUAAACACAUCACGGCGCAGUAAAAGCAGGAUGACGGCAUGUCAUCUUUACAGCGCAGGCCCCCAAUUAGACAUUCCUCUGAAUUUUUCAGCCCCGUGUCAUUAUGUGUGCUUGUCACUGCAUGGGACCAACGCAGUAAUCAGACCCUUUUUUUCUGCGGAAAGUUCAUUUAGACCUCACGCGAUUGCUUGUGGUUGGAGAGGUGGGAAGUAUACGACUGCGGAUGCCGCUCAAUGACACUCUUGCAUUUUGUUUGUCUUUGGUGCAAGAUAACCAGCCUUAAAUGUAUCCGGAUCUUGGCGUAUACACUAUCUCACAAAAGAGCAAGUAUUGGAUUAUAUCUUCUCAAGGAACAAUACUUUAUAAGUAAACUUGGAUGUACUGUAGAGUAGUCAGUGUACAGCUAUCCAUUGAAAAUGACACACAGUCAUUAUUGUCCAAAUAUCUGCCAACACAUCUGGCAAGAUAAUAGCAUCCUGGUUGCAUCAUCCUGGGACUGCACGAGUGCUGCUGCCCCUGCGGGAGGUGCGGUUCAUGGAGGGAAACAUGAAUUCAACACGCAACAGUGAUUAGGUAAAUGGCUGGCAACACAAGUGAGUGGCAUUUUAAUUGUGUCUUGGUUGCAUCAUGGUCUGUGGCUGCACGAGUGCUGUCGGCAGGGUUAAUAGAGGUUCACUGAGGGAAGCAUGAAUUCAGCACAACAAUUAUUAGGUAAACAGCUGGCAACACAAGUGAGAAGAUAAUUGUGUCUUGGUUGCAUCGCAGUCUGCAGCUGCACGAGUGCCGUCGGUGGGGGUAGUUGCGGUUCAUUGAGGUAAACAUGAAUUCAACACACAACAAUUAUUAUAUAAAUAGCUUGCAGCACAACUGAGAAGCAAGAUAAUUGUGUCUUGCCUACAGUCAAGCAUGAAGGCGGUAGCGUCAUGGUCUGGGGGAUGCACGAAUGCUCCCAGCAACUGCAAUUGAUUGAGGGACCAAUGAAUUCAGUACACUGCCAUAAAUAGGUGGCAACAUAAGUCCACCUUGCAGUGAAAUUGUCCCAAAAAGUGACUCUCUAGCACUGCCUUAACCGUCUUGGGCAUGGAUUUGAGCAGCACUGCACAGGUUGUGACUGUAAUCCUCCUGCACUCAUUUGUGAUGACAUCACUGGUGGGUCUGGUGUCGGGCUGGGCGAUAUAUCGAUAUUUUUAAAAUAUCGAUAUUGUUGAUAUCGAUAUAGACUGGAUUUGGAAGGAGGGAGGAGGGGAAGAGCGGAAGCCCGGAGGCUCCAGUCGAAGCGAGACCGUCUGUGGUGGAAGAAUGAGUCAGCAAGGAAUAAGCGGUAGCUCAGUAAUGUGGAGGUACUUCACAUUCAAAGCAUAAAAAAAUAUCUUUCACCACCUUAAAACUUGGCACAAACUCCAAUACAAACAACUCCAAGCAAAGCGGUGUGCUUUUCUAAAGAAGUGUCCUCUCACAUUGCUAAGAUAUGGUCCUCGUUGCAACAUUGGAAAAAAAGGCUAAUUGUUAAAUAAGGCAUUAUUUCUAUAAACUACUUGUGAACAGUUAUAUCUAUACUGUACUUAUUUUAAGGCACUCAGUUAAUAAUUCAAUCAAUAACCAUCAUUGCAAACAGUUAUUCUAAAAUCUAUUUGUAUAUGUUACUUGAUAAAAUAACUCAGUAAAUCACUUUUUAGCCUACAGCAGUCACAAUUUUUUAGCACGACCAGCUCUACUACAAAUGUACAAGGAAGUUAGACGGGCAGUUGCUUAGCCUGCUGCACUUGACAGGUUGGUGUUCCUGGCACAAAAUAAGGACAUGCUUGUGUCUUCUAAAAAUGUUUACCCAAAAAAUACUACUGUUCAGUUUAGAGUAUUUUUGAGUUGCUCUUAAACCUGGCACUCCUUCAUAUUUUGUUCUUUUGUUAUUAGCUUAGGAUUUGAGCAUAGCUAAAGGUUUGUUAUCAAAAAGAUUCUAUUUUACUUUUUCUAUAUUUAUUUCAUAUUUUUAGAGGCUGUUUUUAGAUGAGAAAAAAAAAACAUCCUCAUGUGAAGUAUUUAUUUUAAUAAAGCAAUUUGACGCGCAUGUUUGGGUUUGAUUGUGUCAAACUUUGCUUAAAAAAUAUGGGGAUAUAUAUUGUAUAUCGAUAUUCAACCUAAAUAUAUCGGGAUAUGAGUUUUGGUCCAUAUUGCCCAGCCCUAGUCUGGUGGAUGUUUGCCUUCUUACGCUCCUCCACCUUCCUUCCUCGAGGUGCUCGACUCGACUCUUAAUUAUGUUGGAGGUGUGUUGAAGCUCCUCACCAAGCUGCCAUGCACCCCAGUUUAUGCUUCACAGUGUCACAGUACAUGUGAAAUUCAUCUUCCCCCUCUAUGAACCGCAGCUUCCCAGUGGCGGCAGCCCUCAUGCAGCCCCAGACCCCAGACACAAUUAUCUUGCUACUCACUUGUGUUGCUAACUUCCAUUGUCAAGAAUACCAAACUACCCGACCCAAUGGUCCCACUUUGCUGUACCUCUUUGUUCAUCCGUAGUACGAGCCCAUGCAUCCACGUAUACAUUUACUUUGCUUGUGACAUACCCAAGCGUGUAUUUGUGUCGUACUUGUUCUGCUUUUGUGGCACAUGUAUGUUUGCAUACUGGUGCGUCCACACUUUGCAUAUCAAUAGAUGGCUGUUCCUGCAAAAUGUUCCCAUAAAGAACUGCUAGCGAGCCGGUUCCAUUCAUUGUAAAGGAGUAGGGUCCGCCCUCCCACCCCACCACCAUCGCUUCAUGAAUGGGCAGUAAUUACAGCUUGAUGGAAAACACUAAUGUGUCUCAUAAAAAAACAACGACAAAAAAACACGACACUUAAGACCGUUACGAUUAGUCUUUCCAGGAGACAAAACCAAGGAGACGCAGCGUGCACAUGCCUUCACUUCCAAGUCAACAAGGCUGCUGAACGACAAACGCCACGCCAUCAAUCCGGACUUGUUUGUUUUUCUUUGCUCCUUAAAACCAUAAGUGCACCCCUUUUGUAUUAAAGCUAAUUUGGAAAAAGCCACCGUUAAAAAAGGAGCGCUUGCCCGUGGCUGUAAAUCAGUCUAGUCUGAAGACACAGUUGGGGUUUCAUUGGUGUUGCAUUGUAAUGCUUAUUUAUACUCAUAAAAAUAUAUACUACAAGUCAUUAGAGGGCCCUAUUGUUCAACCAUUUUACAUCCUCUGUAAUGGCAUGUGUUGUCCAAAAUCAGGCCUUGAUCCUGGAAUUUAGACAGUUUAAAUGUGCUUUUAGUAAGCCAGACUGGAAACACACGGAUUUGUGUGCGUGUAGCUUUAAUGCGAAUGAGCUGUGUUGGUAUCCAUUGUGUACUUUAUCUAAUAGAUGCCAUAUAUCAUGUACAACAACAUAGCAUUAAGGAGUGGGGCAGGAGGACACAGACAAUAUGAACACUAGCAUAUUGCUAAUAUACUAGCUACAUUGCUAACAUCAAUAUGUGAGCAGGAGCCUCCUGAGCAGGAGCCUGGUUCGCAAUGCUAGGAGUAAUUUGACCCUGUUCACGGAAAAUGUUGGCAUCCGCAAAGGCUGCCCUGUGUUGCAGAUUCUGUUCAUAAUUUCUAGGCGCAGCCAAGGCAUUGAGGGUGUCCAGUUUGGGGGCCGUAGGAUCUCAUCUCUGCUAUUUGCAGAUGAUGUGGUUCUGAUGUCCUCAUCAGACUGUGACCUUCACUGUUUGCUGCGGCGGUUUGCAGCUGAGUGCACAGUACUUCCAAAUCUGAGGCCGUGAUUCUCAGGGUCGAUAGCACCCCUCAGGAGUGAGAUCUUGCCCCAGGUGGAGAUCCACUAUUUCGAGGUCUUCUUCAUGAGUGAGGGAAGGCUGGACUGGAAGAUCAACAGGCGGAUUGGUGCAGUAAUGCGGUCUCUGUGUCGGGCCAGGAGAAGGUCAGAGUAGAACUGCUGCUCCUUCGCCUCGAGAGAAACCAGUUGAGGUGAGCGAGUGAGUGAGUGUUCUGGGCAUGCCCAGCUGGGAUGGAAGCCGUCGGGCAGUCCUAGGACAUGUUGGAGGGAUGCCUCGGUUGCCGGAGACCGGGAAGUCUUGAGUUUCCUUUGAGACGGUAUCCCUCCAAACCUUAUGUGGAUAAGUGGAACGAAAUGGAUGGACUGCGCUCAACCCCCACCGAAGAGCGACAACAGGAUCAAGACUUCAGCCUUUAUAGCUCCCAUGUCUGUAGCUGAGUGACAGUUGACAGAGCUCUGGGCUUUAUUUUAAGAUGUGUAGCAAAGCCUGAGAAAGGAAGGGUUUUUUUACAUUUUUUUGUGGAGCAAACAAGUGGAGGGUAUGACAGAUUUACAUCAGGUUUGACACUCAUAAACAAGCUCUGGGGACACAUUUUACUGUUAGCACAUCAUUAAAAAAUCACUUUUGCAUCAAAGGGGAACUUUGAGAGUCCUAAAACUCAGGGCCAAGUUUGAACUAUUUUUUUGAAAGCUUAUGCAUUUCUUAUUUCCAGUCUGGAGAAGUAUCCUUGAAUUGAAUUCGUCACAAGGUUGAGGCCCAUUUUUAAGCUUUCAACAUCUGUGUUUGCUGAACACAAAAUCCCGACAAUGUCAAUAAAGAUGAAGUUUGCCGAGACACGUCAAGCUCCACAGGCUAUACGGAGCAGAACGUGGAAAAUAGUGCUUCUCGUGGUGUGUGUUUGUGUGGUUAGCUGGUCAUUCCCGUCCAGUUCCACCGCAGUCUCGCUGACAGCUCUCCCUGACUCACAGUUCCCAUGGACUACGCUCGGCUGACUCGUCUUCCCGCCUCUACCCUGACCUCCGCCCACCUCUUUUUGUUUGUUUGGAAGGACAGCCACAUUAUUUUUAUGCACAUGCAUGAAAUGAUGCCCCUGUGAGGACGGUAAUGAGUGCCCAGCUUUUUGGAGGCUUUCCCAAUCCCCGCCAAAGCAAUUUGGUCAGGUGCUGCGGACAAAGAGACGCUUGUUAGCGGCUCACAAUCAGCGCCUGGUGUUUAUGAUUCUGUUGACCCGUUAGGGAAGAAAGAAGUGCAGUGAGAGGCAACAUAGGGAAGAGGAAGUUGUAUUAUACGUCGCUGUGGUUUGUCGCCCUGACAUUUCUCCGUCUCUUUGUUGGUGUGCGUGGCGCCAACAAUUUGCAGCAUACUUUCUCAUGGCCUGCGCACUGUGCUACUGUACAAUAUACCAGAGUAAUGGGGGUGUACUGAAACGGAACCUUUGGUACCGUACAGAGGUGACUCAACCUGACAGAGGAGUGGUACGCUGUCUACACGGAAACGUUUUCAGAGCAAAACGGCAAAGGUUUAGCCUUUCAUCUAGGGAUGCUCCGAUCAGGGUUUUAUGCUGCUGAUUCUGAUACCGAUCAUCCAGGACUGAAAUUGGCCAAUACCAAAACAAUUAAUUAUCUUAUAUAUUUAUUAUUCAUAUAUUAUUCAUAUAUUAUUAUGAUCGGCUUUUAUGAUCUGUAUUGAAAGGCAUUUAUUGGCAUAUGCCAAUCACAUGAUUUUUCACGGAAACCAGCCGAUACUGAUCGGUGGCCAAUUGAUCAUGCCUAGUUUCAGCCAUUCAUCCAAAUGGAAACUGCAUUUUUUUAAACAGCUUCCAGAGUGGCAAAAUCUGAUAACGCUGGCUUUUCGUUUCUGUGUAGACAGGCAACCUACUUCUUUCUGAAAACGAUGACGUCGCCGACCCGUCGCUGUCGUGAGACCAAAAAUUUGCUUUGACAACAAGCCAACACAAUAUCAGAAUAUUUCGACUGGUAUGACUCACCCCAGUCGACAUCCUCCUGAUAUUUUGACUCCGCAAAUCUAUUUACACUUUGUCGUAAGUCUAGACAAGCCUCGGAAAGCGGAAUACGACGAACUGAUGCGUUUUUUUUCCUUCUUCUACAUUUUGGUGUGUGACGUGGUGACUCGUGUCUGUUUACAGCGCCACACGUAGGUGUGCCUCGUGUAUUACAUUGUUUUGACUCAGUGACUAUUUACUAAUGCGGCACAGCGUGGACGCACAAAACAACAAUCCACGAACAUUUUCGUGUAGACAGGGCCUAAAUCUUGGUGAAAAUCUGAAUAACGAUGAAAAGAUGGAAGAAAAAAAAGGAAAUUGACGUUUAACUUUUUGUAGUUUUCAGUUAUAACUCCCAGCUAUCCAGAGACUGCACUGUAUUUGUUUUAUUGCACAGGUGGCCACAAUAAAAGGACAAUAAAAUGUGGGAUUAUGGUGUGAGCAGGCGUAUGUUGUGGGCAACAAACACAGGUGCAUUUUAUUGAUGGCGUUUUGAAUGCACAGAGAUAUCGUGACGAGACCCUGAAGCCCAUUGUUGUGUCAUUCAUCCAUGAGCAUAAUGUCAUGGUGCAGCAGGAUAAUGCACGGCACCAUGUUGCAAGGAUCUGUACACAAUUCCAGAAAGCUGAAGACAUCCUGGUUCUUGUCAUCAGGCAUGCACAUUUUGGAGUGGCCUUUUAUUGUGGCCAUCCUAAGGCACACUUGUACAGCAGUCAUGCUGUCUCAUCAGCAUCUCGAUAUGCCACACCUGUGAGGUGUCUAAAUUAUGAAUUAUGAAUGCUCACACACAGAUUUGUGAACAAUAUUUGAGAGAUUGGCUUGUUGUGUAGUUAGAAAAGUUUUUUGUAAUAAAUAGGGCAUGAAGCUGCCCCGUGUGUUGGUUUCAAGCCCACAAUGCACCCAACAGACUUCAAGUCUGAACCCAGAUGAACCCUCACGUCUGUCUCCUCGCCUCCCGUCUUGUGACGAGGUAGACAAAUGGCGAGGGGUCAUGCAAGGCCUGGUGGCAGCCAUAUUUUCUGAGGCUCCGCCUGUGGUCCUCGCGGGCAAAAACACACACGGACAGACAGUGGGUGGAUCCAUACCGUGACCUUUCACCCCAGAAGGGGCUCCUUAUAUAGGGGUCAUCCGAGUCAGUGUUGCCAUCUCUGCACCUGGACCACAGGACUCAGGACUGCGUGUGUGUGUGUGUAGGGUGGGGUUGGGGAGGGGGUGGUCUCUGGGGGAAUGAAUCGGGCCACUUAGUGGAGCCACCCACCCCCUCACUUACAGAGCUUGCUUCAACAAGAGGCGAAGGUCAACUCUCACCCUUUCUCGCAUUUCUCCAUACCGUCUUACACCCCCCCCCCCCCCCCCCACACACACACACACACCCAUUAACACCCCCACUCAUCAUCAACAAGCUAUUUGAGAGUGAUGUGUGAAAAAGUGUUGCUGUCCCUUUAAGACUUAAUUACAAUAACGGCGAUAAUCACAUAUGCAAAACCCCCUCAAACUGAGAGUGGUUUGAGUGCACGUUUUCCACAGCAUCACCGCCACCGCUCAUAUUUCAUUUUAACGUGCAGCCUGGCCCGGAUUCAAAUGUAAAAUAGCAGAUGAGGGCUGUAAUUGCACGUCUGAGAGCGAGCGCGCAAUCCGUAAUUAAGUACUUGAGCGCAGAUGGAGGUGUUGGCGUCGUCAGACUGCUUUGAGAAAAAAAAACAAUUAAAAAGCUUCAGCACGCGCCAACGCUUGUGCACAAUUAGUAGGCGGGUUGUAUUUUACACUGUGGCGCCGUGGGUGAGUAUUUGCAACACCUUUGAUGGUUCUAUCAUCAUGAGGAGUGUCUUUUUAGUGUCCCAAUUUGGAAAAGAAGCUGUGUAAUAAUUGUGCACACCUCGAUAUAAGGUCUCAAUCUCCUUAGGACAUACAGUAUACCCUCCCUCAAUACACAAAUACACAUGAGCAAAUAUGCUUCAAUCCAAGAAGCACUCUUGUUUAUACAGCUUCCAGUUGGAAAAUAUGCAUAAAAAUGAAUGAUGUGCUCGAAACACUGACUUCCUUCAUCAUUUGCGCCCAGAUAAUUCCAGCACAAAUGAAGGAUUUGGGCCGUCAAUGUACGGUCAGGGUAGUUUUUCAGCUUCUCCAACCUCCAACCUGCGUGUCAAGUUGUCACCCAACUCCACACAAGACUCACAACACAAAGGUUUGUGCUCUUUUGACCUUUUGGACUCGUGACAAAGUUCACCCAGCCCCUCAUUUGCCCCAAAUUAAAGAAGAACAGUUGCAAUUGUUCAUGCUAGGUUUGUGCUACAAAAAAUAUCAAUUGUGCUGCGAUACUGUUUGAGUUAUUGAAGAUUUAAGUGUCCGGUGAUGAGUUCAUCAGCCCCCCGACAUGCUCAGAAUGACACCAAAAUAGUCUCAUUCUUUUUUGCUCUGUUUGUGCUGGAAGCUUGUGCUAUUAUUACAAAGGACUGCCCAACAGUGAUGAUGAUGGAGUCACGUUCACGGUGCUUAAUCUGCCAGAUAACGGCUGUUUUUGGGGUGGUUUACUAAAUAUUGUGCCUUAAAACUUCAUUUUAGUGCUUCUACAAAAAAAGGUGAUGUUUUGAAUAACAAAAGCUGUAGUAAGGCACAGUACUAGUAGUAGUAGUUAGGUGUGUAACGGUACAUGUGUCCGUAAUCUGAUAGCUUCGGCACAGAACGGAACGCCUCUGCACCGUACCGAGUUGCAUGUUGCAUUGCAUUUUAUUUAACAGUGUUUUUGCAGAUUCCCUUGUGGAUCAAUAAAGUCUGUCUAAGUCUAAGAGACAGAAAGUGGAAUGGCCUCGCAUGUCUACUGCGUCAAUAAACACAGCCUUUGCAUAGCGGGUGUCAUAAUUCCAAACUACAAAAUGUCAAUUUCCACUUUUUAUUGCACUCUGUAAACUUUAGCGGAAGUUGGUUGUGUCGUUUUUAUGUAAUCCUGCUAAACCCGUAGAAAUCCUAAUAAUAAGUGGGGGGCCAAUAAGCUAGCAGCGCAGCUCUUAAGGUGUCGGGGAGUGAGGUUUUAGCCAACGUGUUAUCACAUAACCUCACUGGCUGACUGUUAAAGCAUAUUUUCAUUUAAAUUGAUGCAUGAUAUUGAUUCAAAUAUGAAACUAGAUUAAUAUUGUUUUUCUCGACUGUGUUGUCAUUCUGCAAGCUGCGUGUGUGUUUGCAUGAGAGUGUGUGUCCCUCACCCUGUCAUCGAUAAACACCUUCAAUUUCCUCCACGCCACGGCCGUCACACACCAGCUUGCCCCAGCCUAGGUGGGCCCAACACGCCCCCCAGCCAAGCACAUCGACUCCCACACUCCCAGAGAAACCCGACCCAAAGAGAAGCUCCUCCUCUCUGACACACCUGAAGGCUGUUUUGGCUGCGUGGGACGGGCAGACAUGCGGCGCUGUUAUGGAUGGCAUCUGGCUGUAAAACAAUCUUUGACUCCUUAGAAGUCCUGCAGGAGCACGGGGGCUGUUGACAGUUGCCCCCCCACCCCCAACUUCUCACCGUCCCACCUCAAGGGACAACGGCAGGAAACAACGCAUUGAUUGGUGAUUGAUAUGCUUUUAUGGCGAGAAAACAAUUUUUCACGCUUUCGCCGCUGUUCACCGAUCACUUAUUCCCACUUUUCAACCUGACACAGCAGACGUGCGUUUGAUUCCUGUUGCAUCCAAUCCAAAUAUGGAGGAACAUUUUAGCAGCAGAUUUCUUGUAAAGCCGCUGUCACAUAGACGAUCUUUGACAAGCAUUUUUGCAGUAUGUCGUUAAACACAAUUCCUGUCAUAGAGACCAGUGGUCUCCAACCUUUUCUGACCCACGGACCGGCUUGUGUUCCCACAAAUCUCCCGCGGACCGGGCAGGUGGUGGGCGGGGUUCAUACAUGAUAGCCAUCUAAUUUAUCUUAUUUAUGAUGGAUUGUGUAAAACUAAGACAUGAAUAACAUCAAAUUAAAAGCACAACAUGAAUGCUGACCCACCAUCCACCAGUUCAGGUUCCAGCCAAGUUUUUCCAGAGAGAUUAUUACAUGGCUGUUUGACGUGUGUGGUAAAAGGCAGUGUGCUAGCAUGAAUUAACUUGAGACAAAUGUGCACAUUAGCACUCAAUAAGUCAUCCAAACUUACCUUUAUGCAUUCCCACAUAGUAUCAGCAUUUGAUACCAAAUAUGAGGUGAAAGAAAAAUGGUAAAAAUACAGUAGUAGUCUAUCUGUGCGGCAUGAGAUAAAGUUAGCACACCCACAAUGGACAUGCGUCAAGUGAGACCGAUGUAACAGAGAGAAUCCGGCCACUUUUCAAAAUAAAACAUAAAAAAAAAUCAAAUAAUGGAAAUUAUUUUUUCUUUCUGUGCGGCCCGGUACCAAAUGACCCAUCCGGGGGUUGGGGGCCACUGAUGUAGAGGACCUUUGACUGGUGUUUUUGGAGUAGGUCCUUAAAAACAGCAGAGCACUCCUGUCACAUAGAUACAUUUCAGUAUAUUGGCCAAGCUUGGUUUGACAAGGUUACAGAAGGACUGAGGAUCGGACCAGCAACUUCCAGGUUGGGAGAGGACCGCUCUACCACCCAAGCCUUGCCGCCUACUAGUGUUAUUGCAGUAGAUGCUGAAAAACAGCAGAGCAGAACAACCUGAAGUGCAACAAAUUAGCAUGAGAAUCAGAAGAACGUCACUCAACCCACCCAGCACAUCAAGACAGACAUUGAUUUAUUUGAAUGAUUUUUCAUUUGUAGUCAUUCAAUCAUGGGGGGGUCAUGUUCUCAGUACAUCAUGCGUUCAUCACUGACGGCUUUGGCCACAAGGUUGGUUGAGGCCGGUGCAACCAGAUCCGCCAGUCGGGUCCAUCAGAUAGUCGUCCUUGGCUGCAUCCCGCUCUUACCUGUCAAAGCUGCGUGGCCAUCAUCCAGCUGGUCAGUCAGCCUUUUGGGCCCCCCCCCCCCUUUCAUCUUAUCAGGAUAAUGAGCUGCAUUUAGGUCCAUUAUGGGCUGACCCCGAGGACUUUCUCCGCUGCUAAGCGGGGGCCUCGUGCCAGUGAUGGACAGGCCCAGAGGAAUGUGAUAUGUAGCAGGAACGAGGCUGCAGGGGACGUGGGUUGACUUUUUUUUUUUUUAUGAAGUUGCCUGUAGGUGACAACAGCUUCAUAAAAUGAAUAAAUAGAGGCUUUGCUACACGUCUUAAAAUAAUAUCUAGAGCUCUACCAAGCUGGGAGGUUUUUUUUUUCUAGUGAAUGGGCUAACCUAGCAUGAUGUUGUUGCAAUGUUAACACAACGGCACGUGUUGCUAUGCUAGUGUUGCUAACAUUUGCGUCCUCCUGGCCCACUCCUUACUGUUACGUUGUUGUGUAUGACAUAUCACAUCGAAUAUGAUCCUAAACAGGACCAAAUUCCAGGCAGAAGCUACGGUCCUUGAUAUCAAAGUGACACAAUUUUAAAAAAUGUGAAACAAGUAGAAGAUAAAGAUGGAAUCUACCGCGUACAGACCAAAGGCGGUAGACAUAGGGGACAAUGAUGUCAAGCUGUAAAUCUAGCUCGGUCUUUAUUUCCUCUUAAAAAGCAACAAAACCAUAGACUUAUAUGAUACUACAUUGUGUAUUGUGGUAAGUUAGCUCAUUUUAGCUGAAAAGCUAAGGUAACGUGUAUUAGUUAAUACUCCAGCUAGCUCCGUAUGUUGAAAAACAACAGCAUUGCAUUAUUUUGCAAAUUAUACCUGUGUUGCACACAUAGCAUGCCAUUUUACUGUACUGUACCUUUUUAAAUAGCCCAAAUAUUUUCAAAACGUGCAUUUAAAAAACAGCUUUGAAUUGAAUGGAAUGCCACCAGGACAUUUGUAGGGGCGGGGUCUGUUCUGUGCUGCUCUGUGAUUGGCCAGGCUGUUACAUGACUACUUACUUUACUUUUUUAAUUUGUUAAAAAAAUGUAUUAAUAAUAUUUUUAAUUCUAAUAUUAUAAUUACAAUGUAAAAUAAAAUUAAAAAAGAAUAAUGAUAUAUACAUAUAUAUAUAAUAUAAAUGUAAUAAAUACAUUAUUUUAUAUAUUGUUGUUGUUUAAUAAUAUUGUUUUUUUUAUGUACUUUGCAGUAUAAAUGGAAGUUAUGUGGACACAUUAUUGACAGGUUGGUUCUCAGAAAGGAGGCACCAAAACAAUUGCAGACCGAAUAAUUACAGAUUGAAGGGAGAUGUGUGCUGUCCUGCAGGGUGGGGGGGGGGCUUUAAGGAUAAAGAGGGACAUUACAUACUCAAGGACACCCCCUCUUUUGGCACUUCCUCCUAUAGAGAAAGAGAAAGAUAGCCAAAGAUGCUGAGUGACAGGAAGAAAAGAGAGAAAAGAGACACCUAUAAAGGAAAAGACAGCAUGUCUUUGCUACUUCCUGCCAGAACCGGGAGGAAGAUCCUCGCCCCCCCUCUGAGACUUUGCCUCCUUUUAAUUACAGCCAAUUACAAGGCGAGCACGCCAGGACGUAUUACACGGCGACAUCAGAGAGCCCUUGAGGCACAUACUAUGGGUGCUUUGGCGUAGCGAAAGGCCCUUGGUAUCUCCCAGGCUCUGAGGGGCGCUCCGCCGCUCUCUUUUUGUGCUUUUAAUGAGAACUGAAAGCAUGAAAAUGCAGCUCCCCGCCACCCCGUGCCAUAAAUGAGCAGCUCUCUUUCCAAAGUGGACCAGCUUUGGAGGUAUAGCUGGGACAACGCUGCUAUGCUAACGUCUUUAUCAUAAUUGUGCGUGAUGGAGGGUGACGGGCUGCGCAGGAAGUGGCUUCAUGGGAAAAGAAUGGCAUGAAUUUGGACACUUUGUGGACAUUCUCAUCCCUCUCGUCCUUAUAUGGACUAUAGGUUUGGGAGAAAGUUCUAUACAGUGGAACCUUGGUUACCUCGCGUGGUUUCCGGUUAACAUUGAAAAUUGAUGCCACACUUUUGCCUCCGUGUGCGUGCAUUCUCCAGUUAGCGUCCCGUUGUGUUCUUAAUACACUGCGUGAGUCCAACUGUGUUCUUAAUGUGUUUUUUAAUCACAAAACUCCCUUCCUUGUUGGCUAGCUAAACAAAGUGGCAACCGAAACCGGAGGUCAGCUACGUCGCCUCGCCCGUCUAUGAUGUCAUGAGUGGUUGAACCACUCACAUUACAGAAUAUGUAAUAACUCAAAACCGUUUUAAUUGCACAAAACAGCACAAACGAAUGGGACUGUUUUGGUUUAAUUUGGAGCAAAUGGAGGGUUGAGUGAACUUAGGUUGACCUUUGUAAUAAGUUUAAUAACUAAAAGGCUAACACUGCACAAUCAAGCAUUUUUUAUGGCACAAAACAGCACAAACGAAGACAAAAAGAAUGAUACUAUUUUUGCUUUCAUUCUGAUCAUGUCGGGGUGCGGGCGCGGGGGCAUGAUUAUGUAAUACCCCGAAAAUUAAAUCUUUAAUAACUCAAAAAGUAUGACAGCACAAAGGGCCAUUUUAAUUGCACAAAACAACGCAAAAGCAACACAAACGAAUGGGACUAUUUUGGUUUAAUUUGGAGCAAAUUGGGCCGGGGCGAACUUUUGACUGACAUAUAAAAUAAACCGUAAUAACGAAAACGAAAGCAGCACAAACACUCAUUUGAAUUGCAUAAAACAGCACAAGCGAAAGAGACUAUUUGACCAGGUAAACAACUCAUGUCAAAACAGGAAAGUGAUGGUGGGUGAUCUCGCUGCCACGUCACGUCUUUGGGGACAGUCUUCAAGAAUCAUGUCCUCAGUGAUGGUCAACACAGCUCUACAGUGGUUCUAUUCUUACAUGUCUAGUUUAUUCAAAGUCACAAUGUUAAAUCUUCAUGCUCACCCACCAUUCAUGGUGUCCCCCAAGGUUCAGUCCUCACCCCCCUACUUUUUAUCAUUUAUCUUCUUCCCCUCUGUAAUAAUUUUCCUUAUUUUGCCAUUUCUGCUCUUACGGAAUUGUUUUCUGCAUGUAAAACUAUAAUUGUGAAACUAUAAAAUCAAAUUGUUGGCUUCCUGGAACGGAUUUAUUGGAUUUACAUGAUUUCUUAUGGGAAAAAUGUAUUCGGUUAUCGCCUUGGAUCUCCUGGUGCAAAUUAAUCACGCUAACCAAGGUUCCGCUGUACAUAAGUUUCACUUACGCUUUGCCUCUCGUGACUAUGGUGCGUCCAAGGACCGCCGAAGAAAGUGCGACAUCUCAACACUUGCUGAAAAAACAUUAUCAAUGAAGCAUAAAGACAUAAACAUGUUAAAAACUUGCAGGCAAGUACACGUAUGCUGUACAUUUUACCUGUAUUAUCACGUAUUUAUAAAUUAUUACCAGCUUAGGGUGAAUGUGAUGUGUUUCCUGCCCCUAAAAAAACUGCCUAUUUUUGGGGAAAAAAACUGAAAGUGACAUUUUUUUAACCAAAACAUCAAUGAAUUUGUAUUGUCGCAAAUGCUAAAUAGCGACUAUGCAGGCAUUCCACUGUAAUGCUUUUAGUAUUGUGCAUUUUCCCAUUUUUAACUUCUGAUGAAUGAGUUGCACACCGGGUCUGCACAGAAGGUUACCAGUUCGAUCCUCGAUCCGGUUGUAAUCAUUCAACGUCUAUAUUUCAACAUUCAGUCUGCGUUUUUGUAAUUUCUAACAUUUCCAGUUCCGGCGUUUUUAAUCUGCUAAAAGCGAGUGGACAAAUUAAAUGUUGCCCCCUACUGGUUAAAAAACAUUCCGUUACAUUCCACAGAGUGACAUUGGUUAAGGUGGUAGCUCGGUCUUCUCCCAACCCGGUGGUUGCUGGUUCGAUUGUCAGACCUCGUGUAAUCAGCAGCAACAAUCAUUCUUAAUUUUUACAUUCCAACAUUUCAAGCUGCGACAUUUCUCAACCAAUUCGAGCCCUUCCAACAUCAAAAUGUUCAGCUCAUUGAGGACAUGUCGGCCAUCUAUCAGUACUUUUCUAAAAAACUCCCAAAUUUUCCAUUAUUUGAUAUUUUCUGUGAGAUUUUUACCAUUGAAAAUGAUGGGACAAUUUCAAUGUCGCCCCCUAUGGGUGGAAAUUCAUUUCACGUUGAAUAUUACAUGCAGCAUUCUGCUUAUUGUGUGCAUGGCCACAUGGCUCAGGUCAUAGAGUAGUAAUCUUCUAACCGGAUGGUUGCUGGUUCGAUCCUUGGGCGUUUCCAAUGCAUUUCUAGGGCAUUUCGACAUUCGUUCUACAUUUCAGUUCAGCUUUCACAGGCAAUUUCUACUGAAAUUUGUUUUAUUGACGCAUUCAUUGGAGCAUUGAUGGUAAGUAGAUAAUACUCCAUGAGGAAAAAAAUGCCAUAACUUUGUCAAAAUUACAGAAAGUCAUAACAUUUUUGGCCCAUUGAUUUCGUCUCAAACGCUAUUAGAAAUUCACAAAGAUUUGAUCUUGAUCCAAAUACAAAUCUGACCUAUGUUUCUGCCCACAAACAAAAAGCUCCAACAACAUUUUCCACAUUAAUGACACCAAUCAUUUUUGGAUGCUCACUAAAAUUGGAUGAGUUCCUUCCUUGGACUGUACCACACCCCUAUGAAAAGUUGAAUUCAAGUCGGUGUCGUUGUUUUGGCGCACUCCGGCGCACUUUGGCUUAGAAACAGCAAAGCACAUUGAAAAAUACAGUGUUUACUGUAUAGUAGUACAGCGUAUGUGGGUUCUCUUUCAUGCUAAUGAAGCAUCAUGGCUGAAAUUCAACAGCUAAAAUAGACGGUGGGACAGUGGCAAGCUUUUAUGUAUUGUGUAGCGAUGAAAGCGACACAUAAAUGUGAAGCAAGCAGUCCAUUGAGCGUCUUGGCAGCCGUUAGCAAGCAGAGCCGAUUAAAGCCUCUUUUGUGGCUUGGAGUGUUGGAGAACACCUCCUUGGCACCGCGCGAACCGGUCCAAUGUACGGGUUUACGUGUGCUGUGAAAAGACAGUUUUGUCAUGUGCCAGUUCAGUGUGAUGUCGGGUCAUCGGGCGGUUGCCGGGUCAUUUCCUGACUCGGACACGUCAUUCUGUCCACAAUGCAGAUGAUGACGAUGAUGACACCCUUAAACCUUGAAUAACGACAGCAGUUUGAAUGAACGCUGACAUAAAAUACGGUUGCGUGUAAUGUGGAGACACUCAGCUACACUGUAGGUGACUAAGGCCACAGCUUUUAUACUCGUAUGUGGGAUUUAUGUGGUUUACCGUACUUCCACCACCCAAAACCAAACAAUUACUUUUCAGCUACAUGACCAUCCAUCAGGACAGCAUGUGAAAAGGAGACACCGUAGUAGAUUCAGACGGGAAUAUUUUUCAGCAGCAGGAGCGGCACACUACAAAAUACUUAGUGGAAGACACCAAAUGCACUGAAAAUGUUAUAUUUGGCCAUGAAAAUACCUUAAAAAUAUUUUUAAGGGUGUUAACAAUUUUAUUUUUUGUGACAUUGAUUAGUAAACAAAAAUAAAAAAAUAAAUCAAGUAGCCCUGAAUUGUACAUUACAUUUAUUUUCAAAAUAUGCAAACUUUCCUGAUUUGGACUGCAAAUAAUUUGUGCUGUAAACCUGGAAGUCAUACACAUCCGUGUCAUUAUUUUAUGUAUUUUGUUAUUACUAUUAUUUUUUAUUUGCUUCUUUUAAUUGUAAUUUAAUGUAAUUUAGUUUUUAUUUUUAAAUAUAUCUGUGUAUGAUGCACUGCUCUUGUACACCAUUGCUGACCCCAGCUACAUUUUUAUUUAGUGUCAAUCAAUCCAUCCAUCCAUCCAUCCAUCCAUCCAUCCAUCCAUCCAUCCAUCCAUCCAUCCAUCACCCAACCAACCAACCAACCAACCAAUCAGAACAACAGUUAUCGAUGGCACUUUACAGGAGGUCACAUUCAUAAAUGAAAAACAGAGAACCAACUGAAAGCCCACAUUAGCAAGCACAUGGCAACGGGGGCAAGGAAAAACUGCCUCUGGGGAAGAAACCUUGAACAGAACACAGGCUCUUUGAGCGGCCAUCGGUCUCGACCGGUUGGGUUAAGCUAUAAAAAUAGAGUAGAGGGACAGAUGGUGGAUCAAGCCAUAAAUCUUAGUCUUAGUCCAAGGAACAUAAAGGAGUGUCUCUGAUGCAUAUCAGCAUAUCAGGGGUCAGUUCUAACUAUAUGCUUUAGCAAAGAGCUACGUUUUGAGUUGACUUUUGAAUAGGGAGAAGAUGUCUGCCCCCCGGAUUGAGUGGAGGAGUUGGUUCCACAACAGAGGAGCCUGAUAACUAAAUGUUCUGCCUCCCAUUCUACUUGUAAAAAUUCUAGGAGUGGCAAGUAAUUGUAAAUUCUGCGAGCGCAGUGUUCUAUUGGGUUGAUAGGGUACUAGGAGCUCUUUAACAUAUACUCUACUUGGUGCCUGGCCGUGUAGUGCUUUAUAUGCAAGAAGGACAAUUUUAAACUCAAUUCUAAAUUUGACAGGUAACCAGUGCAAUGAGGCUAAUGCGGGUGAGAUAUGAUCUCUUCUUCUGGUUCCGGUUAAGAUUCGUGCAGAAGCAUUUUGGACUAACUGAAGGGUCUUUGAAGAUUUCUUAUGGCAACCUAUUAACAGAGAGUUACAAUGAUCCAACUUGGAGGUCACGAAAGCAAGUUUUUUUAGCAUCUGUUAGUGGCAGGAAUUUUCAGAUUUUCUUUAUGUUUCGUAAAAAACACGUUUUAUUGUAUUGUAUUUUUUUUUUCUUUAAAACAGAAAUAUUAUCAAUGCCUCUAUUUGAGUGUGUGUGUGUGUGUGUGUGUGUGUGUAUAGGGAUGUAACAAUUCCAUUUAUAUCGUAUCGAUUUAUAUUCCUAUGAUCCAACUACAUCAAUCUGUGUUUGGCAAGUUGUCAUUCCGGACGGCAUAUAUCGAUCUAACAUAAUUUCAAAGGUAAUCGAUCAAUUGCAUCAAUACUAGGAAAUAAAGCAUUGGAUUUAAGCACAGCAGGCUUUAUAUGGAUGUGUGUGUGUGUGUGUGUGUGUGUGUUUUUUAGCACUUUUAAUGAUAAAAAUGUUAAACGUUACUCAAUUCAGUGACGUCAUCGCCACGUGCACACAAACAACAAAACGUAGCAUGGCGCAUGGCAGAGGACAAGCCGGCGAGCGAGAAAUAAUUAAGCCACUAUUGCGGUCCUGUGUGUGGAAACACCUUGGCUUUUGCAAAGAGGGGAGAUGUUCUAAAUAAGUCGCUCCUUGUAGGAUAUGUAAAGAUCAAGUAAAAUACCACCGCAACACAACAAAUCUCUCCAACCAAGGCGCCAUGGGAUUUCACACAACGCUGACCGUCCCAGCACCUCUUGCAGCAAAAGUAGCAGAUAAACCCACUGUUAAUUCAACCUGAAGAUAUGUUGGUUGCGCUUUAUGUUGAUAUGAAUAUUGUGUUGAAAAACAAAAGCAGAAGUAGCAGGUAAACCUACUGUUGAAAUGUUGGUUGCACUUACUGUACCUGUAUUGAGCAUUUAUUGAAUAUUGAAAAUGAGAGCAGAAAAUGUUAACCUCUUGUUAAUUCAACCUGAAGUGUUGGAUGCACUUGUUGCACAAAUGGGAAUGCAGUUGCCAUUAUUUGUUGUUUACUUGUUUGUUUAUAUCUGUAAUUAAGUUAUACCUGAUUCCUUUACAAAAAAACAAUGUGAAUCUAGGAAACUUCACAUGCACUUUCCAGUAUCCAAGUAUUUAUUUCACAGUCACACUGGUUGAAUUUUUGGCUAAAAACGUACUGAAUCAAUUUAAAGUUACUGAAUCGUUUCGGAUCAUAUUGUUCUAAAUGAGUGCAGGUGAAGUUUGCUAGAUUCCCGUUGUUUUUUGUUAGGGAAUCAGGUAUACAUUAUUAAUAAUGCUCACAAACCUAAGAAUAAAUUAUUAGUGAGUACAAAAAAUAAGUUAAAAAUGCAAUACAAAAUGGGGAUGAACAGGGGGUGGUAUAGCUUGCCAUGAUAAAUGAUUUACUUGAAGUAGUGCAAUCCAAACCUGCACUUUGCACCCUAAGGUGAGGGACAUUAUGCAAAUUCCUCAACAAAUGAAUGUGGUAUGGUAUCUUCAAUGAGGUGUUGAAACUUACACACCUGUAAGGGCCGGUGGCAGCAGGGCCUUUUUUGGGCUCAGAGCAGCCAUUUGAAAGAACGGUGCAGCAACUAGCAAGUCAUGUGACCUCCUUGUUCCUUCUGCGGCUGAGUGGGUCGGGAUGCGUCCUCCGUCUUGAUAAGGCGAUUAACAGAGACACCCUAGCAGGAUACUGUGGCGUGGUGGGUUUAUGAUAGUAAGUUUUCAUAGUGAUGAGACCAAAACGGGAGCCCAAACAGAUACUUUGCAUGUGAAGUGAUGAGCAGAUAGCGUGCAGCAUACCACAACAUUGUUCAUUUAGCACUCCUUUUUAUACAAAAUCCUGCUACAGAUUCCUGUGAGGCUUCAUAUUUUGUUUUCAAUCAUUGUUGUGACGCUUUUGUGCGUGAAAAGCUUCUCCUCCCUCUGCUGCGUGGAACUCAUCGGGACAGGAAACUCUCAGCAGACAUGAAAGUGCUUCUGACGUCACCAAAACAUCACGACUGUUCUCUUUCUUCCAUCACAUUUUAUUUUUUACUUCAAAUUUCCCCAAGCAGACUGAGCUCAUGUCGCCGGAAUGUAGUCGGGGGACCAUCUCGUCAGCGUGCUGUUAUGACUGGAGUUGUUUUGGUUCCCAGAAUAGCGACGAUGCAGAAAUAGAACAUUCCGGCGUCAUUCAGACAUUUCUCUCCGGUCCAAAGGACGCAUUCCAAGAGUGGUUGUGUGCUGAGAUGCCACUGGGAUGCUGCAUGGGAAAGAAUGCGGCCCUCAAGAAAGGACACUUUAUUAGACCCACCUGCAACAUACCUGUCAUUUAAAAAUAUGAUAAUUAUUAUUACUGUCUGGCACCGGUACUAAUAUUUUGGUUAUUCCAUUUUAUUAGCGUCAUAGGAAGAGCAAAAUAUUAAUAACACUUGUAAUAAUAAUACUAAUAAUAUUAAUGGAACGCGUGGGCGCCAUCUGUCUGUCAGCUGAGUACCUCAACCGACAUUUUAAAGCGCAAAGACAACAGAACCUGAAUUGGAAAAUAAUUGGUAAAAGAAAGUAGUGACAUACAUAUAUGACAAUUUCAUUCUGUUUUACCUUAAUAAUGAUUGGAAGUGCAUGAGAAAGUGGAAAGGAGAAUGUAGCUCUCUGACCACAUGCUCAUUUAAAUCAACAAGUAUAUUGCACAACACGGCAGCAACAGAACCAAUGUUGUCAUUCUCAGUCAACCGUAAUACCACCGAUGAGUUCAUUGCUACAUUUUAAAGCACAUGCAGAGGCAGAUCAAGCUGCUGGAUGCUGACCAUCCUUGAUACCUCUAACGCAGCUAGUGCCAGCUCGUGUUAAAAAAAAACUACAUCGGGGGUUAAAUGAACAGGGGGGUUAAUUGGAGCAUGUAUGGGAACUAAAUCUUUUCUGUGGCGGGAAAAUAUGCUGUAACUUUAUCAAAAUUAUUUUGGUCCAUGUUGACGUCUAAUGGCUACAAAAAAAUUGACAAUUAUUAUUAUUACAUUAUUUUUAUUUAUUUAUGUAUUUGUGCGAUAUAUUUAUUUUAAUUCUUCUUUUUUUUAAAUUUAUGAACAGCGGUGAUGCCCUCAGCUUCUGGGGUCGCUACUAUGAGUGAAUGUGGGCGGGGCUAAAGCUGCCAUCCAUCCGCUAGAAUCCUGUAAGUUCAUCCAGGAGCAUGAGGCACGUGUCAGAGUUUGGCCCCCUCUCCCCUUACAGGUGCCUCAACUAGCGUGAGGCUUUGCACAGCUGUGUGGAAGCGGACCCCUCCCUCGCCAUGUGUAAGGUCGCCAUGAAUACAUUUCAAAGGCGAGUGCAAAGCGAGUGUUCCCCCACUGCUUGGCGAUGACGACGUUUUUGCUAAUUAGUUCCCGACACAUGACAUAUAAGUGGAAAUUUCCUGUCCUCUCUUUUUUUUAAAAUAUAUUUACGAGAUCUCAAUCUGGGAAGGAGUUGGGGGGGGGGUUGCAUGUCUCCCUGCCAUUCACCAGGCAGAGUAACAUCUGGUCCUUCUUCUCCUUUUAUGCCAGUAGACCCUCUCUCUCUCUUGCGCGCGCUCUGCCUUUUUGGCUCGUGUUUCUUUCCAUUUUCUCACUUUUUUCUCGGGUUUCUUCUCAUUCGUUCCCUCCGUUGACGAGCUGGAAGGAAAAUUUCCUCAACGGAACGCAAUGUAAUGCAACGCAUUGGCCUCUUCAUGAGGUAACACGGUGUUUAGCGCUUUAGCGGUGAUGUGCAUUUAAAGGCAUUGAGGCUGAAAAUGCACGCCAACACAACGACCGUCUUAGUGCUUUUACAACAUUGGUUCUCUUGCUGCUGUGUUGCGCAAUACACAGGUGCUUGUUCAUAAACGACCUUGUUGGUCAAAGAGGAGUAUGUUUUCCUUUCCACUUUCUCAUGCACUCCAAACCAUUCAAGUUGAAAAAUGUGUACUUGCAAUUAUUAGUAUUUAUCUAUCCUCUUUGUUCCCAACUUCUAAUUAGUGAUCAGCCACGAGAGUCAUGCGUUAUCGGUGGAUGGUUCCGGAUGUCCAAGGUUAAUCAGGACAUCAGAGCUUCAUGCGAGUGUCCUUGUUCAGGAGCAGUAAAGCAUAUACAGCUGCGUGCUUGCACAAUGCAGACUGGCGACCGUUAUAGCACUUUGUCACCAGACCAGGCCUUGUGUGAGUGUGUUACUAAAGAAUGCUGACACACACACACACACACACUCACACGCGCACAUUAGAAAAGUGUGUCAGCCCAUGACUUGUAUUUUGGGAAGUUCGCACUAUGGGGCCUUUGGUUACUCAUGCAUAGAAGUGAUGAAUCAUUACUACUCACAUACAUGAGUACAUGAUCGCUGAUGGGCCAUCAACUCCGAAUUAGGCGUUAGCGUCCACUCAAGCAACAACAGCAAACAUAGUAGCUGUUUUUUUUUUUUUUGGUUUGUUUUGUUCUCAUCUUAAAUUGUCCCAAGAGAGGAUACAGUUUUAGAUAGAAUUGAAUGGAAAGUAUGUAGUGUUAUUGUACCCUACCUAAGUAUACAAUGACAAUACUGUAUUUUUUUAUAUUACCGCAUGACAAAUUUAAUCAGUAAAAUAAAAAGCACAUGCAAUUGGAGGUAACUGAAUGGGGGGGGGGAAAAAAUCCACUUUUGUGACUUUUUUUUAUUUUCCAUUUUUUAAAUCUGACAUUUACCAUAAAGAGCACAAAAAAGAGCACAUAUAAAAAUGUAUAAUAUAAAACAACAAUAUACAAAUUAAUAAGUCAUUUUUAUUAUUCUAAAAAAAAUCAGCUUUUGUAAUUUUUUUUAAUCUGACAUUUACCAUAAAGAGCACAUUAAGAAGUGUCAUCAAUAAGUAAAAAAAAAAAAAAACAGAUCCAAUUACAGGUUACUGUAAUUGUAGUAAUUAAAUCAGCUUUUCUGGGGGGGUUUCCCCCAUACGAAAUAAUAAGGAAAAAAAUUGUAAAGAGCACAUAUACAGUAAAAUGUCAUAAAUAAGUAAUACCAAAAAAAAAAACCAGACAAAAGUACAGGUUACUGUAAAAAAAAGUGCAUAUAUAAAAAUGUGUAUAAUAUAAAACAACAAUAUAAAAAUUAAUACGUAAUUUUUGUUAUUCUAAAAAAAAAUGUUGUGAUUUUUUUCCCCCAUAAAAUAACAAGGAAAAAAAUGUAGCCUACCAUAAAGAGCACAUACCGUCUAAAAAUGUCAUCAAAAUGUCAUAUUAAAAAAAAAUGGUCAUUGUAAAAAAUUUAAAAAAUCAGCGUUUGUGAUUUUUUUCCCCAUACAAUGAAUAACCUGUAAUUUUAUUUGAUUUUUUAUUUCUUAUUGAUGACAUUUUUAUGUGCUUUUUUCCUAAUAACCACUAAUUUUAAAAGUUGUUUUUUAUUAUUACUUACUGAUGCAUUUUUAUGUCCUCUUUUUUUAUGGUACUACUUUUUUUGAUGGGGGGGGAUUACAAAAGUUGAAUUUUGAAGGGAUUUUUUUUCCCCAUAUACUUCUGAUCAUUUUAUAAUUUAUCAUUUUUUAUAGUCUCUUUAUGGUAGGCUACAUUGUGGUCGUUCACAUGCUCUGUUUUAAUUUAUUAUAGUCAUUUUUAUAAAAUAGGGUAGAAUAGAAUCAAAUAGAAUAGGCCUUUAUUUGCCCUACAAUGAGGAAAUAUGUGCUUUUGCAACAUAAAAAUCAUGUUAAAAAUACAAUACUACUGCUGCUAUUACCGCAACAAUAAUGACAAUAAUAAUAAUAAUUAGCAUAUUUAUUACAUAUAUCGAAUAAUAAUAGUAAAUAGUAUUAACAAUAAUAAAACAACUGAAUACAAAUCUAAAAAUAAACUACCUGUCUGAGAUAUCAAAUCUGUGUGUACAGUACAGAAUAAGCACAUAAGUCUGACUCUGGCGUAGCAGGGAGAUUGCAUUUUCUUUCUCGGGCACUGCUUUACAGUAAUGCAGGGUACAUUGAGCAAAACGUAAUGAACUAAAACAAAAGAAAGUCACCUGGAAAGCCAGAUGUGUGACGAUCAUUCACGCCAAAGCGCUAUACUUGAUCACGUGACACUGGUUGGCGCUUAUUGGGAAGCAAACCACAGCGUGCGGUUACAGCGCAGCCACCGUUGCCCAACAUGGGUGAUUCCCCCUCUCAUCGCGUGUUCGCUCGGGACAAAAUUGCACAAGAAAUGAUUUUAGGUGAUGACUCAGCCGUAUAGCUGCACACAUACAUACACGUUCCUCUUCCUCAAAAAUACCCACGUUUUGAACCCAAAAUAGACUUUGGGAAUGUAUUUUUCCAGCUGCGUCUGUGCUGCAUGACGCCGCGU